AUGGAUACCAGACCCAUGACUGCAGCACUACAACUGGCAAGACCCAGCUGAGGUACCCCCUGCUUCCCUACCAGCAGUAGAGAUAGGGGACCUCAUAGACUGGUCCUGGGAGGACCCACAGUAGGCAGGUGGAGAUGGGACCGAGGUCUCUCUACUGGCCCUGCAGGGAUGCUGAGUAGCCAGCCAAGAUCCUCAGCGGCAGUGUGUUAUAAAAGGAGAAGAGACAACUGGUCUUUCUCCCCAGCGGCAGCCCGUGUCACAGAGAGAGGAGACUUUUGAUCCCUCAUCUCAGCAGCAGAAAGCAUCAGGGAGUGGAGAUGAUCGCUACCACUACCCAGCAUCAAGUAGCGUUACAGGGAGAGGAGACAAUCGGUCUCUCUCUCCAGCGGCAAUGUGUCCGACAGGGAGUGGAGACUACUGGUCUCAUUCCCCAGCUGCCGUGUACUUUACAGAGAGAGGGGACAACCAGUCCCCCUCUCCAGCAGCAGCUACCCAACCGAGUCCUGGGGGUAGUGGAGGAGACGUCAAUACCCGCUGACCCCUUUCCAGCAGAAGAGCUAGCAUCCGGGCAGAGCGUUUUAACUGGCACUGUGGCGGACGCCAUCUUAAAUUGUCCGGCAGUGUUUUGCCGUCGAGUGUAUGGAACUGUUUUGGGCAUGGGACCAUGUGCACGGUGGGGCAGAAAUAAGACUUCCAGGAAAUUCCUGAACAGAUCUGGGUGAUUUUGGGGGAUGUUUUGUGGGGAUAUGUUGUAUUUUGGGGUAUUUUGGGGGGUUUGUAAAAAUGUUUUUUGUUGCUUAGAAUUAAGUGAGUUAGUCCAUUGUCUUAUUUAAUUGUAUCACUGGCAGAGGGAUUGUGUGCUGUAUGUGGGAGGGUCAAACAUUGUAGUAUUGUUCUGAUUGGUUUGUGUGCCUGUGUUUUUAUCAGGCCCAGGGGGUGUGCCUCUGGCCUGAGGAAUUGUUUAAAUUGUGACUGCUGGCUUGCAUUAAACAGACCUGUUCUACCCUUCAUGAAGUCUUGGCUCAUGUUUGGGGGAUUGGAGACCUACACUCUGGGGAUUGCUAUAAUCACUAUACUCCCCAGAGUAUAAUCACUAAGCUCUUGUAAGAGCUGUUCCUGGUUCCUGCUCUCUGGAUUCUAAGAGAGGUCUGCCUACUGGAAGCUGGAUCCUGGUCUUGGGUCCAGAGUGGGUGAAAGACGGCGAGACCCCAACCAAGCUGCGGCGGGUCGUGGGGUCUGCGGUGGUUAUGGUGUCUAGUGGAGUGCAAUAAUGGAAUCUUUUUCACGAAGUAACAAGUAAAAAUAGUGUAAUUUUAUUUUCAAAAACCAAGAAAACUGUUCACCAAGCAGAUAAUUAAAAAGAAUUCACAGAAUACUUCGCCCGACCUUUCAUGUCCCGAUUACUUCCUGUACUUCCGUGGAAAUCUGAAGGAGCGGAUGUACAUGAACAAACCGCGUACACCUGAGCAGCUCGGGGAGAAUAUUGGUGCAGAAAUUCGGGCGCUCGGACCUCAAAUGUUAACUAACGUUAUGAAAAAUGCAAUCGAAAGACUUUGCAAGGCGGCAAAUGGAGCUGAUUUAAAAGAUGUUGUGACAGAACCAUCUGUCUGCUGGAUUUUUGCCCGUUCGUCUGUUUGUCCCCGUUCGUAUGAAUGGCUGGUUUCUAUAGCCCAGCCAUUCGAAUGACUCUUUUUCCCGAACAAAACCGCCGAACGAACGGCCACCCAAGUGAGGAGUGUGCUGCAGGUUAACGAAGUGAUCACCAUUAUAACGUUGUGGUUAACCGCAGACACUUCUCAAUUAAACCGAACUCAGGGUGGUCGUCGUUCGUAUGUCGACCACGAGGCAGCGGCCAUUUUAAAUCAUGCGAACGCUCAGCGGUGUUUGGCUCUAUUUCUAUGGAACGAAAAACGGACACUUUUUCUGUCGAACACCGCUGAAACAAGGGAACGCCUGGCUGCCUCCACGAAAGCAUGCGAACAUCGGCCGUUCGGGAGAUUGAGAACACACAAAAGACUUAACCCAGAUAGCCCACCCAUGGAGUCAUUCGUGUACCGAAAGACUGUAAGAACUUUGACUCCAUGGCGAUUGAACUAUGUGUGUGGGAUCUGAGCGCUAUUCGCCAAUAAUAUGCACUCAGAUCCAGGCUAUCUGGGGACAUGUAAUACGAAUGGGAAAUGUUCAGUUUUCAUGUAGUUAUGCAUUUUUGUGUCUUUUAUUAUUUCAUGCUUAAGAUGGCGACUGUCCUUGUCCUGGAGUUAAUUGAGUUACUUGGUAAUUAACUCCAGGACAGAGGGGAGGGAAUCAGAAUGCACUGUGGGUAAAAUAUGUGACUGUGUGUCAGAAAUGUCCUGCUAUCUGUCUGUACUUUAAGUCUUCCAUUUGGUCCCCUAGGGGAGUGUCCACCAGGUGGGAGACCUGCAUAAAUACGGGCAGGUAGCCCACAGUAAACCCAGAUCUUAUUUGACCCUCAAUGCGGAGCUUCUGUCUCGUUAUUGGGGGGAUUUCUUCUUCACGUUUAGAGACUGCUGGAUGGAACGAAAGCCGCUUUGGGGAUAUUAUUGUUCGACGGUUCCUAGCAGUUCGUAUAUUGCCGUUCGGGAGUUUGGAGCCGUUCGUGGAUUUCGAUCGGGAGAUUGCCGCUUCCCCUGCAUUUGGUUCGUGGGUUACAGAGUAAGCGAACAGAGACUGUACUGCAGCCGGGGAAGGUUUACUAAACGGCGGUUUGGCUUAAAGACACGGGAGGUGUCUUAACAAUUGGUGGCAAGCGACGGGAUGAAUCCUACAGCAUUGGAGGUCAGCUACAAGAGAUGCAGUACGAGGAAUUAAGGCGUGCUACACUUAAGGACAUAUUGGAACGCCGAGGAAGGUCAGCAAGCAAUUUAAAGAAACGGGAGAUUAUUGCUUUGCUACUGGAGAUGGAUGCAGCAACGGGAAUGGAAAGAGUCAACGUGCCCAGUACCUUGGAUUUAACACCCGAGGAAAUACAAUUCAACCGGGCAGUACAAAUAAGGCUGGCACAUUUUGGCCCCAACCCCUCAGCUGACAUCGUGGUUCGUGUGCAGGCAGCAGUUGCAACACAACAGGCAGCCCGGGAAAGAGGAGCUGCAGCAGCAGAGGUACCGUAUGACAAUAAUGUGGUUGCUAGAAAAAAGGUACCUUUUGCUGCGUUUAAAAAUUUUGUGGAAACAGAGGGAGAGAUUGAUGGAUUUUUGGCAGACUUUGAGAGGCAGUGUGCGCUACAUCAGGUACCUGCAGAUGAAUGGGUCACCAUCCUCUCUGGGAAAUUAUCUGGCCGGGCUAGUGAAGCUUUUCGGGCCAUCCCAGAGGAGGAGAUCACCAGCUACCGGGCUGUGAAAGAGGCGCUCCUAGCCAGGUAUGCAGUGACCCCAGAGGCGUACAGGCGGAGGUUUAGAGAAACCAACAAGCUGGUUGGGGACUCUUAUGUGGAAUGGGCCUGCAGAGUCCAUCGUACCGCAGCCCACUGGAUGGCUGGAUGCCAGGCGGUAACUGGGGAGGAGGUGUUACAAGUGUUCCUGCUGGAGCACUGCUUUGAUAGACUACCUGCUGGGGUCCGGGAAUGGGUCCGAGACAGAAAACCCUCUACCCUACCCGAGGCUGCCCGUCUGGCAGACGAAUACACGGAUGCCCGCAAGUUGGAUGGUACAGCUGCUAAAGCCCCUGCCAGACUGGAGUAUCGACCAGCAGUAACACCCGCUCCCGCAGUCUACCAACCCCCAGUACACCGUACCCCAGCCGCACCACCAGCUAACAAUUAUAUGCAACCAGCCCGAUUUAAUGCCCGGGAGUACUCCCAACCCAUCCGGUGCUAUGGGUGCAAGCAGUUGGGGCACAAGCGUCCUGAGUGCCCCCUGAACAGUGCCAACCAGGCUCAGUCCUGGAGGAGACCAGUUAAUGGAAACCAGCACCCACCUCAGCCUGCUGCUCACUGCCUAGAGCAGGAGGAAUUUUGGGGCAUUCUGCACGAGGCAGACCCAGUGCAAGCGGCUCACCAGGAUAAUCACCAGCAACAUCGGCAAACUGUGAAGCUAAAUGGCAGAGUGGUGAAUGGGCUGAGAGACACAGGAGCCACGAUGACACUGCUCCAAAAGAACUUGGUCUCAGAGCAUCAACACACUGGAGACACUGUGGCAGUAAGGGUAGCAGGGGGUGCCGUGUUUCGCUUACCUGUUGCCCGAGUACAUUUGGAUUGGGGAGGGGGCGCUAGACAUGUGGAUGUGGGGGUGAUGAAGGACUUGCCCGCAGAUGUUCUUUUGGGAAACGAUUUGGCCCCUUUGGUUUCAGCCUAUGCUCCGAUGGGCCCUGCAGACGUGAACCCAGUGACCACCCGUGCCCAGACCCGUGCUGCCGGAACCAGCCCACUUGCUGACGAGACCCAGGUAAGAUCUCCUUCCCCGACUGAUACCCCAGAUCAGGUCCCCUUAAGCUGGGAUUUCCCAGAGGAGUUUGGGAGGGAAACCCGGGCGGAUCCGACCCUCCAAAGAUACAAGGACAGGGCAGAGGCAGGGGAGGAAGGAAUAGAUGGGGAACGGUAUGAGUGGGUGGGGGACAGGUUAUAUAGGAUCCCUAAACCUUCCCAGAAGAGUGUUGCCUCUCCGCCGAACCGCCAGUUAGUGGUACCUGCAAAGUACCGGCAGGAGAUUCUGCGGAUAGGGCAUGAUGUUCCUUUAGCUGGACAUCUAGGGUCCCGCCGCACAGCCUAUAGGAUUUCACAGAACUUCUUUUGGCCAAACUUUAACCAGGCUGUGCGGAUGUACUGCAGCACGUGGGACACAUGUCAACGGGUAGGAAAGCGGGGGGACCACCCUAAGGCCAGGCUAUUAUCGAUGCCUAUUAUAGGGGAGCCCUUUGCCCGCAUAGCCGUUGACAUUGUGGGUCCACUGGCCAGGGCUAGUCCAUCCGGUAAGAAGUAUGUUCUUACCGUGGUGGACUAUGCCACCCGCUAUCCAGAGGCAGUAGCGCUGUCUAACAUAGAGGCAGAGACGGCUGCUGAUGCCCUGGUUAGAAUUUUUACUAGGGUCGGGUUCCCUAAGGAGAUCCUCUCCGACCAGGGAACCCAAUUCACCGCUGUGCUCACCCAGCAACUGUGGAAGGUGUGCGGCAUUAAGCCAUUACUUAGCUCACCCUACCACCCACAGACUAACGGUCUCUGCGAGCGCUUUAACGGUACCCUCAAACAGAUGCUGAGGACCUUUACGGACACUUGCAGAGACUGGGAGAGAUUCCUGCCUCAUCUAUUAUUUUCUUAUAGAGAGGUGCCCCAGGAAUCCACUGGGUUCUCCCCCUUUGAGCUGCUGUAUGGGAGAAGGGUCCGCGGACCCCUAGAUCUCAUUAGAGGCCACUGGGAGGGGGAGACGGAGCAGGAAGGGACCCCCAUAGUGCCAUAUGUUCUGAAACUCCGGGACCGCAUGGAGAAACUGUCCCUGAUGGUAAGGGAGAAUCUCCAGGCGGCCCAGGGGAGACAGAAGAGAUGGUACGAUCAGGGUGCCCGACAGCGGGUCUUCCAGGUUGGGCAAAAGGUAUUGGUGCUCAAACCUGUGAAGGCCAACAAGAUGCAAGCAUCUUGGCAGGGCCCGUACCAGGUAGUGGCGCAGAUCUGCGACGCUACUUACUUGAUAGCCAGCUGUGCAGAUGAGAGGAUCCAGCGGUCCUUUCAUGUGAACAUGCUGAAAGAGUACCAGGAGAGACCUGAGAAUAUUGCAGCAGUAUGUGCCCCAGCUGCAGAUGAUUCUGAGAACUUACCCCUUCCAGAUCUAUUAGAAAGGGAUUCCCAGACUGACCUUACUACCUUGGUACAGCUAGGGGACCGGUUGAACCCCACAGAAAGAGUACAGGCGCAGCAGUUGUUAUGGGAGAAGCAGGCGACGUUCUCCCAGGAACCAGGUUAUACCACCCUAGCUGUGCAUAAGGUAGAGACCCCUGGACAGCCCCCGUUACGACAGCCCCCUUACCGUAUCCCUGAAGCAGUCCGUGAAGGAAUGCGGAAGGAGAUACAGGAGAUGACCCAACUUGGGGUUAUCGAGCACUCCGACAGCCCUUGGGCCUCGCCCGUAGUCCUGGUGCCAAAGAAAGAUGGGACCACCCGGAUCUGUGUGGACUACAGGCGACUCAACGAGCGGACCACCACUGACGCCUACCCAAUGCCCCGGGUAGACGAAUUACUAGAUCGUAUUGCCAGGGGGCGAUAUCUGACCACCAUAGACCUGUGUAAGGGCUACUGGCAGAUCCCCCUGGCUGAGGAUGCUAUCCCCAAGUCGGCAUUUGUCACCCCAUUUGGCCUGUACCAAUUUAAGGUCAUGCCUUUUGGGAUGAAAAAUGCACCGGCUACUUUCCAACGGAUGGUGGAUAGACUCCUGGAUGGCUUCCAAGAAUUUGCCUGUGCAUACUUGGACGACAUUGCGAUCUACAGUGGGUCCUGGGAGGGACACCUGGUACAUGUAGGGGUAGUGCUGGAUAAGAUUAGGGCCGCUGGCCUGACGUUGAAGCCAGAAAAGUGUCAUCUAGGUAUGGCUGAAGUGCAGUACCUGGGUCACAGAGUGGGGUGUGGGAGCCAGAGACCAGAGCCAGCCAAGGUAGAGGCAGUGGCUAACUGGCCCACACCUACUACUAAGACCCAGGUAUUGGCCUUCUUGGGGACGGCAGGGUACUACAGACGUUUUGUCCCUGACUACAGCACUAUUGCUAAGCCCCUGACAGACCUGACUAAGAAGAACUUGCCUAAGCAGGUCCUGUGGUCUCCGGCUUGUGAAGCUGCAUUCCAGGCACUGAAGCAGGCUCUUGUGAAUGCCCCUGUCUUGGCUGCCCCAGUCCCUAACAAACGCUUUCUCGUCCAUACAGAUGCUUCCAUGUAUGGACUGGGGGCUGUGCUGAGCCAAGUCGGGGAAGAUGGAGGAGAGCACCCUGUCGCAUAUCUCAGCAGAAAGUUGUUACCCAGAGAAGUGAGUUAUGCGGCAGUGGAGAAGGAAUGCUUGGCCUUGGUCUGGGCAUUGAAAAAGUUAAGCCCCUAUUUGUAUGGGCAAGAGUUUUCCCUUGUGACUGAUCACAACCCACUCGUUUGGCUUAACCGGGUCUCAGGAGACAAUGGGAGACUGCUGAGAUGGAGCUUGGCACUACAGCCCUACAAUUUUACCAUCAGCUACAGACCCGGUAAGCUAAACGGAAACGCAGAUGGGUUGUCACGACAAACAGACGUUUCCAUCACCUCGUAGUCCGGUCAUCCCCAAGUUGACCCGCCACAGGGUCAAGCCGGGUCUGCCGGAGUGUCCCACAAGGAGGGAGCCGUGUGACAGAACCAUCUGUCUGCUGGAUUUUUGCCCGUUCGUCUGUUUGUCCCCGUUCGUAUGAAUGGCUGGUUUCUAUAGCCCAGCCAUUCGAAUGACUCUUUUUCCCGAACAAAACCGCCGAACGAACGGCCACCCAAGUGAGGAGUGUGCUGCAGGUUAACGAAGUGAUCACCAUUAUAACGUUGUGGUUAACCGCAGACACUUCUCAAUUAAACCGAACUCAGGGUGGUCGUCGUUCGUAUGUCGACCACGAGGCAGCGGCCAUUUUAAAUCAUGCGAACGCUCAGCGGUGUUUGGCUCUAUUUCUAUGGAACGGAAAACGGACACUUUUUCUGUCGAACACCGCUGAAACAAGGGAACGCCUGGCUGCCUCCACGAAAGCAUGCGAACAUCGGCCGUUCGGGAGAUUGAGAACACACAAAAGACUUAACCCAGAUAGCCCACCCAUGGAGUCAUUCGUGUACCGAAGGACUGUAAGAACUUUGACUCCAUGGCGAUUGAACUAUGUGUGUGGGAUCUGAGCGCUAUUCGCCAAUAAUAUGCACUCAGAUCCAGGCUAUCUGGGGACAUGUAAUACGAAUGGGAAAUGUUCAGUUUUCAUGUAGUUAUGCAUUUUUGUGUCUUUUAUUAUUUCAUGCUUAAGAUGGCGACUGUCCUUGUCCUGGAGUUAAUUGAGUUACUUGGUAAUUAACUCCAGGACAGAGGGGAGGGAAUCAGAAUGCACUGUGGGUAAAAUAUGUGACUGUGUGUCAGAAAUGUCCUUCUAUCUGUCUGUACUUUAAGUCUUCCAUUUGGUCCCCUAGGGGAGUGUCCACCAGGUGGGAGACCUGCAUAAAUACGGGCAGGUAGCCCACAGUAAAACCAGAUCUUAUUUGACCCUCAAUGCGGAGCUUCUGUCUCGUUAUUGGGGGGAUUUCUUCUUCACGUUUAGAGACUGCUGGAUGGAACGAAAGCCGCUUUGGGGAUAUUAUUGUUCGACGGUUCCCAGCAGUUCGUAUAUUGCCGUUCGGGAGUUUGGAGCCGUUCGUGGAUUUCGAUCGGGAGAUUGCCGCUUCCCCUGCAUUUGGUUCGUGGGUUACCGAGUAAGCGAACAGAGACUGUACUGCAGCCGGGGAAGGUUUACUAAACGGCGGUUUGGCUUAAAGACACGGGAGGUGUCUUAACAGAUGUCAUCUUCCUUAACCUGUCAAACAGAUCUCCAUACGUUAGGCGUUCAUUGUAUGUGAUUUCCCUGAUAAAAAGGUUAUUGGCUCCUCAAACCAUACUCUAAAUUUCCCCCCCACCCUGUACAUGACAGUAUAAGGAAAGUCGGAUGACACUUUUUCUGUACAUGCACGUGAAAGCAUGAAGCAUCGCCCUGAACACAGAAAUCCUGCGGCAUUAAGUGCUUUUACUUAUUUACUAACCUCAGUGAGCACUCGGUUAGUUGUCAUUCGGUGUAGGAUUGAGGAAGUGUCACUUACAAGGAAGGGUUAGUUCUGCUUUAACGCAUUUUUCUAGUAGUUUGCAAACAUUGCAAAUCCCUUAUCCUUGGCUAAAAUGUAACAUUUAAAAGGGAACUGUCUUUUAGCUCGUUUUAGCAUGUUAUACUAUUGAACUUUAAAAAUCACCAAUAACAUGUGUUAAAGGGUUAACGGUCCCCGGAGCUGCAGAAGUUGAUCCAAUCGCCAAUCAAUGAUUGAGAGCAUCAGCUGACUACUCUCAGCCAAUAAAUGGCAGACUGGGCAAAUAUUUAUGCACAGAAUUGGCAUUAGCCAGCUUGGAACUCUUGUUCCGGUCCGGGACUUACACGAGGCAAACAAGGCAUCUGCCUUGGGCGGCAAAAAAAGCCGCCCCCAAACGCCCAGGCAGAUCCCUUGUUUGCCUCGUGUCUUGGAGGCUCAAGAGCUGGCCAGCUUGCCACUUUUGAGCUCCCCCGAGGCUGGUGGCGGGCAGCGGGCAGCAAGGAAGCAUGCUCACCUGAGCUCUUCCUGCUCAGCUCCCUCCACACCGCUUAAUGAAGCCGGGAGCCGGAAUAUGACGUCACUCCGGCUCCCAGCAACAGUAAGCGGUGCGUGAGGGAGCUAAGCAGUGAGAUUAAAGCUCCCUCGCCACCUACUCAGGUUGUCCACCACCUGCCUGCCCGCCCAGCAGCCCCAUUGGACUGCAGGUAAGUAAUCCACUCCUGCUCUCCCAGGGAGGCUGGGUGGAUUUAAAAUAAAAUUUUAAAAAUAAUAAUUUGUGAGUGUUGGUGGAAAUGUGUGUGUCUGUGAGGGAAUGUGUGUGUCUGUAAGUGUGUGUCUUAGUGAAUGUGUGUGUGUGUCUUAGUGAGUGUGUGUCUGUCAGUGAGUGCAUGCAUCUGUUAGUGAGAGUGUGUGUUUGUCAGUGAGUGCGAGUCUGUUAGUGUGUAUCCGAGUAAUACUGUGUGUCUAUCAAUGUGUCAAAUCAGUGUGUGUGUAUGUCAUUGUUUGUCAGUGUAUAUGAGAGUGUGUGUCUGUCAGUGAGUGAGCGUUUGUCAGUCAAAGUGCGGUGUAACGGACCGUUUUGCACACAAGAGGUUAAAAACCGUUUAGGCGAUAGUCCCCUUUUCAGAUGCACAGGCAACUACUGCAAUCACCAAUCUCCCGAACUGCAAACACAUGAAUUCACCAAUCUCCCGAACUGCAACACAUGAAUUCACCAAUCUCCCAAACUGCAACCAGGGGAAUGCUCCAAACUCCCGAACAGGAAACACACAAAUUCACCAACUCCCGAACACACGAAUGCUGUUAAACAGCCGUACAGGAAAAACCACACGAACAGUUUACACUCCAGGCAGUCGCACUGUAACAGCAUACAAUCCAAUUCCCCCCAAGAACGAGACGACACUUUGUUUGAGGGUCAAGCAGAAUUGUCUAAAACUCUAUUUUACUUGGGACUAGCCCAUAUGGUCCUUACAUUAACAUUGCUGUGAAAACUCAAUAAAAUUACAAACAGUCAAAUCAUAGCAGGCAACAUACAUUGACUUAUUAUAACAUAAUUACAUAUUUAUAAAUGGGUGGGGAAGACCAUAAUUAACACAAAAUGUCUUUCCUGCAUGCAGAAUUAGCGAUAUGCAAAUCUACCCGAAUAUGCAAAUUAUCAGUCUUGCUAUUUAGGUAGUGCAUAUUACUGUUGCUACCAACAGAGGGCACUACACAAGCUCCAUAGCCAAAUCCACCUAGUUGGUAGCAAUCCUCAGCAGUACAGGAGAGGCAAUACAUCCCAGGGGCCAUAGUCACAUGGCAGGAGGCUGGCAGUCAGUCUUCUCCAAUGCCCAGUGGCGAGGCUGGUUUCGCCACAUUAGGGCAAUACAUCCCAGGGCCAUAGUCUCAGGGCAGGAGGCUGGAAAACAGGCCCCUCCAAAAACCAGUGGCGAGGUCACUUUCGCUACAUGCGGCCUUGACAGGAAGGGGUGGGGAAAAUUUAAAUGGAGGGGGGAUGCCUGAACACCGUCCUGCCUAGGGCAGCACAAAUCCUAAAUACACCACUGGUUCCAGUCUGGCAACAAUUUAGGCUCAGUAUGUGCAGCGUUUCAUAGCGAGGCACUACAACCACUUCAAAUCCCUGAAGUGGUCAUGGUGCUUGGAGUAACCUUUAAGGCUUACUUUUUGAUGACUUGCUGUGUUUUCUUUUACAUUUAUAUUAAAGAUUUAGCAAAUUACACUGUAUUCCAGUUCAGGAACGUCAAAGACAGAGCUAACAUUGCAAACAUUUCAUUCUUCUAUCUCUGUAUUGCUUCUUUACGCCGCCCUACCAACAACAUGUUUGUUUUUUUUCGUACCUGAUUCUCUGUCUGCAUUUCGGAUCCUGUCUGAAAUAUUGUAAGAUAAAGAAUGUCAUUGAAUAUCUACUGCACUUCAUUCCCACAAUAUUUCCGUAAUGGAUAAGAGAAUAAAAAAAACAAAAAAAACGUAAUUGUGCAAACUUGCAAUCUGUAUAUGACAUGGUAGCUAGAUAUCAUAUGUUUCAAAUAAAUUCAGUUUUUGCUAUAUAUUUUUUUUUAACGCAAAUAACUUGAUACAGGAGAGUUCCGUUAACCCAACAUUGUUUGAAGGUUUCUAUAAGGUGUUUACUGUCCUGCAUAUGUGGUGUUAAUGUGUUAAGAGCUGUGUAAGAUCCUUUGUUAUGUAUGUUAGGUGUGCUGUGUUGGACAGCUGUUGAUACAGUGAAAACGUGAGCGUUUCCUUUCUAAAGGGACUCUGUUCCAAAGAGGAGAAAUGCAGAGUUGCCCCAGCUGUUUCUGAACAUCUGUCUGAGCUUGCACAGCGCAGAGAGGGUGGGAUGGGGGAGAGAGAGAGCGUUUGGGACAGUUUUGCAGAGUUCUUCUUUGUCUCAUGAAUGUCUAAGCAUUGUACGGGAGGAGCUGAAGGCUCAAACACAAUACAUACACUGCUUCCAAGUUCCAGCCAGGAUACACUCAGCUAAUAAACACUCCAUUUGAUGUGAGUAAAGUCAUUUAUCCUGAGGAUACACUUAACUCAAGCGCACUUAAAUCUUAAAGAAGAUCCUACAUCCACUGGAAGUGUACAAAUCACGGGAUAGGUGAGUGUGACCAUGAAAAGUUACCAGUUAUUGUGAACGAUGGGUUAAGAAUAAUUAAACAGCUACCGUAAAGGGUUAUCCACUAAACAGCAACUUGUAAAGUACUGAAAACCAGAUUGCAACAUUGAGAUAAAAUAUCCACGCUCUGUCUAUAGCCGAGUGGGAACAGUUACAAUGUAACACAAUAUACUGUUUAGUGAAUAAGUCCUGCCAUAUUUUAUGCUUACAGCAUUUCAUGAGGUUUUAUUCUGUUUGCAAAUAUAUCACAUAUGGCUUGAAAAUCAGAUGAGGUGAGGAGGAGGUGAGAGGUAGGCGUCCUGAUGUCUGCGUAUUAGGAGGGGGUGAGAGGUAGGUGUCCUGAUGUUUGUGUAUUAGGAGGGGAUGAGAGGUACGUGUCCUGAUAUCUGUGUAUUAGGAGGAGGUGAGAGGUAAGUGUCCUGCUGUCUGUGUAUUAGGAGGAGGUGAGAGGUACGUGUCCUGAUGUCUGUGUAUUAGGAGGUGAGGGGUAGGUGUCCUGAUGUCUGUCUAUUAGGAGGAGGUGAGAGGUAUGUGUCCUGAUGUCUGUGUAUUAGGAGGAGGUGAGAGGUAGGUGUCCUGAUAUCUGUGUAUUAGGAGGGGUUGAGAGGUAGGUGUCCUGAUGUCUGUGUAUUAGGAGGUGAGUGGUACGUGUCCAGAUGUCUGUGUAUUAGGAGGAGGUGAGAGGUAGGUGUCCUGCUGUCUGUGUAUUAGGAGGGGGUGAGAGGUAGGUGUCCUGAUGUCUGUGUAUUAGGAGGUGAGGGGUAGGUGUCCUGAUGUCUGUGUAUUAGGAGGAGGUGAGAGGUACGUGUCCUGAUGUCUGUGUAUUAGGAGGGGGUGAGAGGUAGGUGUCCUGAUGUCUGUGUAUUAGGAGGGGUUGAGAGGUAGGUGUCCUGAUGUCUGUGUAUUAGGAGGUGAGGGGUAGGUGUCCUGAUGUCUGUGUAUUAGGAGGGGUUGAGAGGUAGGUGUCCUGAUGUCUGUGUAUUAGGAGGGGCUGAGAGGUAGGUGUCCUGAUAUCUGUGUAUUGGAAGAUUGAAAAUGUGUGUCCAGAUGUCUGCUCUCUGUAUUAGGAGUUCAUAAUUAUGCGGUUUCCAUGGCAAUACGUUUACAUUUUUUCCCAUCUGGGAAUGCAGCAGUAAAUGGAUUUAAAUAGCCGGGUUUGCUAGUACUGGGACUGAUUCCAAUCCUUCCCAUGUGCAUGUCAUGUCACUUCUGAUAUAAAUUGUCAUUACUCCUGUUUGAUUUCUAUGGGUUUCCCACACUCUGAGAGCACUCUGCAUUAACCCUUUACUGGAACUAUGCUACCAUAAAGAAGAUCGCUUUCUUCUAGAUUGUUAGCCUUGUCGCCAAUAAUGCUAUGAGUUGCCCUUCUUCCUAUCCAUCAUAUAGCAGCUCCCACUUUCCCCCCAGCUAAGAGUUUAGUUUUUUAUGUAGCCUGUAGAAGAACCCGCUGGGUGGUCAGUCAGAAAGGAGUUGGGGGUCUCCUUGUCCUUGCUUUUUAUUGACAUUUUCAGCUAGAACGGCAUCUCUUUUACCUACAGGUCACAGGGGGUACAUCUACAUGAGGGCCGCCAAAAACUAUCUCAAGGGACCCAAAGCUCUGACCCCAAAUAUCGCUUUUAGGGGUGAUCCUGGCUGAUAUAGAAGGUUAUUAUCUCUCCUUACAACAGUACAGAAGAAUGGAUAGUGUAGUGGGCAGUAUUUAGAAAAUAGAAUUUCAGUUUUUAUAAAAUAUAGGCUCAAUUUCUCCUGGGUAUGGCAAACCAAUACAAAGGAAUUAAGCCCAAAAGUUCAACCCACCUCCCCAAAAACAAAGCUCGGGAUAUGCUGUCAGAUGUAAUACUGUAUUUAGGAAUUAAAGCCUUAAUUAUCCAACUCUCAUCAAGCUCAGUCAAGAUGCCGCGAGGUGUGACCAACAGCAGUUGGAGGCCCAAAGUUACCUGUCCCUUUUUUAGGAGCCUCUGUAGUGGAGAAAUAAAAGGAGGGCAUUAACUGAAUAGAAAGUAAAAAAAAAUAUUUAAAAAAAGCUUAAAUCGAGAAAAUAACAGGAUUUUGAAACGUGUAAGGAAGUGGUUGAAUCCCAGGGUUUGGAAAAAGGUCAGAGAGGACUUGGCAGAAGAAAAGAUUUGAAGAGAAGAAUGUAACAGAACCUGAUCCCGGGGAUGGAGACACUGAGAGACUGGUGGGGCUCGCCUGGCCUCGGGAGAGAAGUAACAAAAGGCCAAAUUCUAGGGAACUGAAAAUAUAAUGACACAAUGUUCAGAUACAAUAGUCUAGCUGUGAUUGUAGCGGAAAACAUUGCCGUUUUGUAGGGUAUCUCAAAGUUUUUGAGUACUUCAGAGUAUUUGAUAGGUACAGUGCUGCGUUUUGCUGCCCUGCGCACUAGCCUCCCAAUGAGAUCUUCAGGCAGAGCGUCAGCAUUGAGACUAGCGUGCUGCGGGAUAUAAGGUAAGUUAAACCCCUGCAAGGGGCAGGGGUGGACACCUACACCCUGUUCCAAUUAUUAUGCAAAUUAUAUUUUUCUCAUUUACCGAAAUAAUUGAUGUAAAUAACAGUCAGCAUCAUUCUCACGUUAUCAACUAUUAAGAGUACAAUUCAAAUUUUAUUGAACCAACCUCCUAAUGAUAACAGUAUUUUUUUUAAACAUAAAAAAAUUACAAUGCACCAAAUUAUUACGCGCAGUACGCUUCAAAACACUUUAUAGGUUGUAAAGAACUGAAAAUUGUAAUUUAUUGUGUUUGCAGCAUAUUUACUGAAAUCAAAAGCUAUUUCAAUCAAACUUAUAACAACAUUUUAAUCAUUUUAACAGGUCACGUUACAUUUUAACAUAGGACCCCUUAUUUGAUAGCAGCUUCACAAGUCUUGCAUCCAUUGAACUUGUGAGUUUUUGGACAAUUUCUGCUUGAAUUUGUUUGUAAGAUGUCAGAAUAGCCUCCCAGAGCUGCUGUUUGGAUGUAAACUGCCUCCCACCCUCAUAGAUAUUUUGCUUGAGGAUGCUCCAAAGGUUCUCAAUAGGAUUGAGGUCAGGGGAGGAUGGAGGUCACACCAUGACUUUCUCUCCUUUUAUCCCCAUAGCAGCCAUUGAUGUAGAUGUAUUCUUUGCAGCAUGAGAUGGUGCAUUGUCCUGCAUGAAGAUGAUUUUAUUACGGAAAGCAUAGUUCUUUCUUCUGUACCAGGGAAGAAAGUGGUCAGUCAGAAACUCCACAUACUUUGCAGAGGUCAUCUUCACACCUUCGGGUACCCUAAAGGGGCCAACCAGGUCUCUUCCCAUGAUUCCGGCCCAAAACAUGACUCCACCACCACCUUGCUGACGUUGCAGCCUUGUUGGAACAGGGUGGCCGUCCACCAACCAUCCACCAACCAUCCACUACUCCAUCCAUCUGGACCAUCCAGGGUUGCACGGCACUCAUCAGUGAACAGGACUGUUUGAAAAUUCAUCUUCAUGUAUUUUUCUGCUCAAUGCAGCUGUUUCUGCUUGUGAGUAUUGGUUAGUGGUGGUUGAAUAGAAGGUUUAUGCACAGUUGCAAGACUCUGGAGGACUCUACACCUUUGAUGUCCGUGGGACUCCAGAGGCACCAGCAGCUUAAAAUAUCUGUUUGCUGCUGUGUAAUGGUAUUUUAGCAGCUGCUCUCUUGAUCUGAUGCAUGGAUCUGGCAGAAAUCUUCCUCAAUGUGCCUUUAUCUGCACGAACCCGUCUGUGCUCUGAAUCAGCCACAAAUCUCUUACUUGUGCGAUGAUCACGCUUAAGUUUUUGUGAAAUAUCUAAUGUUUUCAUACCUCGUCCAAGGCAUUGAACUAUUUCACUCUCUUCGGCAGCAGAGAGAUCCCUUUUCUUCCCCAUAUUGCAUGAAAAUGGUGCUCUGUUUAAUAAUGUGGAACACCCUCCUUUAGUAGUUUUUCCUUAAAUUGGGCUCACCUGGCAAUCUAAUUAUCACAGGUGUCCGUGAUUGUUUUCAGUGAUCAAAAGAGCCCUGAGACACAAUGCCAUCCAUGAGUUAAACUGAAAAACAAUAUUUAAUCUUUGUGACACUUAAAUAGAAUUUGAAUAAUAAUUUGGAACAGGGUGUACACAGGUAGCGGAACACUAUAGAUUUUGUACUCCUAAUGCUAUAUUGUUCCUUUAAUAUAAAUAGCCGGUAAGGGGGGAUUGCUAACAUUAGUCUUCUAUCAUGUCGACCAUGGUCAAUUGAGGUCACUUGACCUCGUAUGAAAAUUAGUGAGUGGCGAUCUCAGACCAUAAAAACAGUGUAGAGUUAAUAAGAUCAUAUCUGGCUGGGAUACUCUAUCUGUGUGGCCAGAACUCGGCACAUUGCACAGGGAAAGCUCUACAUACUUCUAUAUAUAUAAUCCUUCAAGUGGCGCUAUCGCCAUGAUUACUAUGGAAUGUUAUUAUUAUUAUUAUUUUAAUAUUUAUAUAGCGCCAUCAGAUUCCGUAGCGCUGUACAAUGCGUGGACUAACAGACAUGUAAUUGUAACCAGACAACUGGACGUACAGGAACAGAGAGGUGGAGGGCCCUGCUUCAUGAGCUUACAUUCUAAAGGGAGUGGGGUAUAGUGACACAAAGGGUAAAAGUAGGGGAAGCAGGGUGUUAGAAAAGUAUUAAUUAAGGGCUUAGUAGGUAAUUUUUGACAGUUGCAGGAGAGGAGUCAUGGAUGGUGGGGGCUAAAAACCUGCUAACUGUUUAAUCGAUAUGCUUUCUUGAAGGAGUUUUCAAUAAUUUUUUCAAUGAGUGGAGACUGGGUGAAAGUCUUAUGAGAAGGGAAGGGAGUUCCACAUAAGAGGUGCAGCCCUGGAAAAGUCUUGGAGGCGAGCUAUAGAGGUGGGAGUUCGGACAGAGGAUAUACGUAGGUCUUUGGCAGAGCGCAGGAGUCUCGACGGGACAUAUUUGUGUAUUAGGGAGGAUAGGUAGGUUGGAGCAGCAUUAUGUAGGGACUUGUAAGCAAGCACCGGAAUCUUAAAUUGAGCUCUAUAUCUAACUGGAAGCCAAUGCAGGGACUGACAGAGCGGGGAGGCGUGAGCGGUGCGAGCGGACAGGAAAAUGAGCCUCGCUGCCGCAUUCAUUAUAGAUUGCAGCGGUGCAAUCUGGGAACACGUAAGACCACUGAGAAGAUUAUUGCAGUAGUCCAGGCGAGAGAGCAAGAGCAUGGACCAGCACCUUAGCCGCAUCUGGGGUUAAAUAGGGGCAGAUGUGUGCUAUGUUUUUGAGAUGGAAGUGACAGGAUUUGACGAUUGAUUGGACAUGAGGGGUGAAGAAGAGGUUGGAGUCAAAAGGAACACCCAGGCAGCGAGCCUGCGAGGUAGAGGUGAUGGUAGAGCUGUUGACUUGGAGGGAGACCGACACAGGAGUGUCAAGGAUCUUACCUGGAGUGGGAGUCCGGCACGCAGAGUUAAAGCACCCUUUGCAAUUCGACACAGGCCAAGGGGACUCAGGACAGAAAUCCCCAAGGUUGUGACACAGUGCACUGGGGCUGAAAUAACCAGUGCUUCCUGGAACGCAGUACAGACAAAGGAUAUCCAGAAGAGUAGUCAGUAUCAGAAUCAGAAGUCAGGACAGGCGACAAUCAGGCAAAAACGGUAGACGAGCAGGGGAUCAAAACCAGGAGUCAGAAGAAUAGCAGUGAAACCAAACAGGAACAGGAAACACGAUCUGACAACGAGAACCAGCCUUGCGGGGUUUAAAUAGGGAGUCUCAGCCAAUCAUCAAGGAACCAGGAACAGGUGUGCACAUUCCAGGCGUACAGGCUCAGACUACAGGAUACCAAGAACAACCAGAAACAGUCAAAGAUGUGUGGAGCUCAAUGCAAGGAUACCGACUGGGAUGCAGGAAACUCAGGUUUGAUCCCAGCCAGACCCAAAUACACAAUAUUGUGUAAAGCACAAUGGUGAUCCUGACAUUACCCCCCCUUCAAAGACGCCGUAGGCGAGAAGAGGAACGCAACUACGACCCAAGAGGUUACUUUUUGGAUUUCUUGGCUUUGGUGGUACUAGUAGGAGCAGAGGUCAUAGCUUGUAGGGCCUUUUCAAAUACUUGCAAGUCCUCCUUCCGGACUAGAGUCCCAUUAGAGGCAUAGGUACAGCCAGAAAGAGGGUCUUCCUUGACAGGACUUGUAGUGGUUGUGGUGCUUGCCUUCUUAGAAGCAGAAUCUUUAGUAGAAAUAGAGAUCUCAGGUUCUUUAGUAACAGAUUCCUGCACAACCUCAGGAGCAACGACUGUAGAAGGCUGAGGAUUGGACAGAGUGUUCAAGCAAGGACAGGCAGCAUGUUGGCAGACAGGUCUCAUAGGAUAUGCCAGAGUAGUACCCAGACGGAGAACCCGAGACCUAGAUGGACGAAUGGGACAAAAAGAUAUUAAAUGUCCCAUCUCCCCACAAUAAUAACACAGUCCAUGUGCCAUCCUUCUUGCCCUUUCUUGAGAUGACUGACGGAACCUAACCAGUCCAAUCUCCAUGGGUUCCUCCGCCUCCCUGCCAGAUGUAUACGAUGUUUCGGGAGACUUGGGAGCGGUAGGGUUAGCUUUAACAUCAGUCCGAGUGAAAGGAGUAGUGUAGUCCAUUUCCAGUCCGGGUUGCAAUAUGUGUGCAGGGCCGGUGCUAGGAUUUUUGACUACACAGGCGAAGAUGCAUUUUGACGCCCCCCCCUCAAAAAAAUAAACAAUGCAUCUUCACCUCUGUGUCUCGUAGCCCCCUUUUGAAUUUCUUACCCCCAUUAGUGUUGCAUAUCGACUCUCUUGAAUGUCUUACCCCUUUGGCCCCUUUGUGCCUUACACCCCCCUUUAGUGUGUCUCCUACAACCCCUCUUAUGUAUUUCUUACUUCCCCGCCAGCCCCUUUCUGUCUCUUUCUUCCCCCCAGCCCCUAUCUAUCUCUCUUUUUCUCCCACAUAGACAUAGAUACAGGCAAAAAUACAUACAUGCACAAAUACACAAACAUACAGACACAAAACCAUACAAGCACACAGACAUAAUUUUUCAGGCACACAGUCACAAAGAUAUACAGACACACAGUCAUAAAAGGCACACAAACAAACACAGUCAUACAAUCUACACAUACAAGUACAUUGUCGUACAAACACAGACAUACAUUCAUACAGACACAGGCACUCACAGAAAUACAUACACAGACAUAAAGAAACAGAGAUAGGCAUACAGAGACAUACAUACACAGACAAACAAAGAACCCUGCACACUGACACUGUGUAAAUGCUCCGGCCAUCUACAGAGGUGGAUGCUCCAUGUCAGGCAGACAUUGCUGGAUCCACCAGUAAAGUCUUCAAAAGGAAUAAACGCAGGCAACACUCCAAUAGUAAGGAUGGUAUAUUUAUUGGUAGGUGAACCACCCCAUAGAAAGUGUGAUGUUUCAGCUCAUGCAAUAAGGCUCUGCUGACAACGCACUUUCUUUGGGGUGGUUCACCUAUCAAUAAAUAUACCAUCCUUACUAUUGGAGUGUUGCCUGCGUUUAUUCCUUUUGAAUACAUUUACACAGUCAUACAGAGACAUACAUGGUGUAUGUCUCUGUAUGACGGUCUGUGUAUGUACACAGGAUGGCUAAAAGAUAGACCCCCAUCUGUCGUGCAACUUCAACAAUGCUUUGAAAGCUGGGGCUCUACCGAUUCCCCAUGCUUGCAGUAUUGUAUUUAGCAUGGAGCAGCAUUUGUGUGUUUGACUGUAAGCAUGUGUUUGUAUGGAGUAUGUUUGUAUGAUUGUAGCGGUGUGUUUGUAUGUAGUGUUUGCAUUUGAAUGCAAGCAUGCAUUUAUGUGUAGUGUUGGUUUUUGAACGCAGGUGUGUUUAUAUAUAAUUUUGGUGUCUGAUACAGAGGUGUGUUUGUAUGUAGUGUUGACAUUUGAAUGCAGGGGUGUGUUUGUAUGUAGUGUUGACAUUUGCAUGCAGGUGUUUAUUUGUGUGUAGUGUUGGUGUUUGAAUGCUGAGAUAUAUGCACAUAUACACAUACACUGCCACACACGCACACACUGUGAUACACAUAUACAAAGAUACACACACUGACACAUGCAGAUAUACAUAUACACAAACUGAUACACAUUCAGAUAGACACACAGGUACACACAAACACUGACAGACAUACAGAUAAACACACAGUGACAGACACACAUACACAAUGAUAGGGAAGAAGACAUACUAACAGACAGACACACACACUAACAGACAUUUAGAUACACACAGACACACGGACAGAGACAUAUACACACACACACACACUGACAGACAUGGAUACACACACACACUGACAGACAUAGAUACACACACACACACUGACAGACACACACACACACUGACAGACAUAGAUACACACACACUCACUGACAGACAUAUACACACACACUGACAGACAGACAUAUAUACACACACACACACUGACAUAUACACACACACACACUGACAGACAUACACACACACUGACAGACAUAUAUACACACACACACACUGACAGACAGAUACACACACACUGACAGACAUAUACACACACAGACACACUGACAGACAUAGAUGCACACAGACACACUGACAGACAUACACACACACACACUGACAGACAUAGAUACACAGACACACACACGCACACGAGCAGACAUAGAUACACAAGACACACUGAAGCAGACACUUACAUACACACACACACUGACGAACAUAUACACACACUGACAGACACGCACACACAGACACACAUAAGAUGCACACACAGACACAUGGUACAUAUACACACACUGACAGACAUAUACACACACGAACACACUGACAAGACAUACACACACACAGACACACUGGCAGACGCACACACACACACACGCACUGACGGAACAUGCCACGCACACAGACACGCGAGCAGACAUAUACACACACACUGACAGACAUAUACACACACAGACACGCGUGACGAACAUAGAUGCACACAGACACACUGACGAACAGCCGCACACACACUGACAGACGCCCUUAGAUACACGGAACACGCGACAGACAUAUACACACACACUGACAGACAUAUACACACACAGACACACAUAGAUGCACACAGACACACUGACAGACAUAUACACACACAGACACACUGACAGACAUACACACACACAGACACACUGACAGACAUACACACACUGACAGACAUAUACACACACAGACACACUGACAGACAAUACACACACACUGACAGACAUAUACACACACAGACACACUGACAGACAUAGAUGCACACAGACACACUGACAGACAUACACACACACACACUGACAGACAUAGAUACACAGACACACUGACAGACAUAUACACACACACUGACAGACAUAUACAUACACACACUGACAGACAGAUACACACACACACACACUGACAGACAUACACACACUGACAGACAGAUACACACACACACACACACUGACCAGCAGGUUCAGAAGGGGGGCUUACCUGGGAUCCAAAGUGCUGCCUGAGGUAGUUGGGAGUUGGAGGAGCUGGUCCUGCCCAGCCCCCUCCUCUCUGCCUUCUGCUGCCCUAGUCUUGUUGGGAGGACUUCCUCCCAUGCUGAUUAGAAGGGGGCCGUAGCUCCGCCCCUGCUGGGCGCCAGCCGCGCUGUGUGCUACAGAGGGAGCAGGGAUAUGACGUUCAUAUCCCCGCCCCCUCCACACAGUCCGCGGCACUGCAGGCUGGCGCUCGGCCACGCUACAAGUAGUGACCGGCAGGAGAGGGGCGCUGUGCGCUUCUCUCCUGCCGGCCACCCGGACAUUUGCGCCCCCGGGCCGGUGCGCCCUAAGGCGGCCGCCUGUGCCGCCUUAUGGACGCGCCGGCCCUGUAUGUGUGAAGCAACAGUAGGUGAUCUAUGUACAUAUGACUUUUGUGUCUUGUUGACUUGUAAACCCAGGGACCGAAUAAAGGACUCCCAGGAAUCUAGGACUGGGCUUUUGGCGAGUAACAACUGGUGGGCCCAGAUCUUAAGGUGCCCCGACAAUAAGGUAAUCGCUGUCCUCACUUUAAUGACGUCUGUGGCAUAGGUAAGUGGUCUCAGGGAGAACAGGACCUCGCAAUCAACUUUGAAGGUAUCAUACCUAGACCGGAUCCCAGAAAAUUUCUCGGGUAGAGCAACCAGCGGUUCAGAGAGUCCAGAGUCAUAGGUUACUCUCCCUUUAAGGGAAGCCAGCUCCUGCUGUAAGCCCUGCAAAGCCUGGGUGAGCUGGGAAACUUGCUGGGUCAAGGCUGCAACGGUAAUCUUCAACUCUGCAGACUCCAUUUGUUCAGAUCGUACUGUCAAGGAUCUUACCUGGAGUGGGAGUCCGGCACGCAGAGUUAAAGCACCCUUUGCAAUUCGACACAGGCCAAGGGGACUCAGGACAGAAAUCCCCAAGGUUGUGACACAGUGCACUGGGGCUGAAAUAACCAGUGCUUCCUGGAACGCAGUACAGACAAAGGAUAUCCAGAAGAGUAGUCAGUAUCAGAAUCAGAAGUCAGGACAGGCGACAAUCAGGCAAAAACGGUAGACGAGCAGGGGAUCAAAACCAGGAGUCAGAAGAAUAGCAGUGAAACCAAACAGGAACAGGAAACACGAUCUGACAACGAGAACCAGCCUUGCGGGGUUUAAAUAGGGAGUCUCAGCCAAUCAUCAAGGAACCAGGAACAGGUGUGCACAUUCCAGGCGUACAGGCUCAGACUACAGGAUACCAAGAACAACCAGAAACAGUCAAAGAUGCGUGGAGCUCAAUGCAAGGAUACCGACUGGGAUGCAGGAAACUCAGGUUUGAUCCCAGCCAGACCCAAAUACACAAUAUUGUGUAAAGCACAAUGGUGAUCCUGACAAGGAGUAGGAACACUUAAUGGAGGAAAGACCAGAAGUUCUGUUUUGGACAGGUUGAGUUUAAGGAAGUGAGCAGCCAUCCAUUUGCAAAUCGAAGAGAGGCAGUCAGAGACAUGAGUCAAGAUGGGCGGAGAGAGAUCAGCAGAGGACAGGUAGAUUUGUGUGUCAUCUGCAUAGAAAUGAUAACCAAAGGAGCUGAUGAGUUUACCAAGGGAGGCAGUGUAGAUAGAAAACAGUAGGGGACCAAGGACAGAACCUUGGGGGACGCCGAAUAGAAUAUUCUUUUUCAUAUGAUCCCUCACAAAUAGAACAUUUACUUUUCCGUUAGCAACACGUUGAAAAUUUCACAUUUGUGUGCGUGAUGAUUGGUCAGACCAUGGCGAGUCCUACAGUUUUAAGAUUCCUUCUAUGACUCUGAGAGGUGCCUGUAUGAGAUUGGUUAGUGCAGGGGUGACAACAAUGUCUUAGUUAUAGGAAAUUGGGGUUCAAAUCCUGACCAGUCCACGUUACCAGUAAGUGUCUUUGGAUAAGAAACCUAAUGAUAUAUAUCCACAUACCUCAAAUAGGUAGAUUUGUAGAGCGUAGAUUGUAAGCGUACAUGUGCAAGGUCUUAUUAUUAAAUGUGGUCUUUCUGAAAUUGUAACGCGCUGCGGAAUGCGUUGGCGCUAUAUAAAUGUAAUAAUAAUAUUCCGAUGUGUGGCAUUACUGAAAUUAUAAUGGAAGGAUCAGAGAGAAAAUAAAAAUGUUGUCACAGAAUUAACAAACAAAGAUGCCACUUGUAUCCUAAGACAGCGAACAUCAUGUUGGGGUACAAUACAAAGGUGUGUCCUCACAUCCGGAGAAAUCCACUUUGAAUUCUCAUUUUGGUGAAUAACCCUGUUAGUAUAUGAGUGAAGAGAGUAUUAUGUAAGAUACUGUAUUAUUAUUCAGCACAAGAGGAUCCGUUGCGGAAGAUUGGAGCAAUGCCAACCCAAACUUGAAUAUCAAAUUGUUACAAUAAUCCUCCAGUUGAAUUUUUCCUUUCUGGCAUAGAUGUGUGUGGGAGCAUCUUGUUUUAGUUAAGGUCGUCCUGGCAGAGACAAGAAAGUUACAAGGCGCUGGGUGGCCUUAGUGCUACCAUCUUGGAUUAUUAUUUUUUUUUUUUAUCACGGGAAAGGGUGAGGUCGAUUCUAUGGUUACAUUCUAUAUGUUUAUUUAAAUUAUUGUAAAAUCAUAUUUCAAAAGAAGAAUAGAAUUUAUUAUUUGCACUUUAGAGCACAAGGCCUCUGUUGAAUAUCGCCAUUCAUGCUGCGUAAAUAGUCGAGAAAGUCAUCACCAUGCAUGAGCUUGAAGAGACCGUCUGGCAGAGGCUCAGUGAAUAGAACAUCUGGCAUAGGCAGAGGUAGAGACAGGUGCCUGGUGAACCCUAGGUAAGAAACCAUUAGCAAACAGUUUGAUUACCUGCACUGGGGGCACCAGGGCAGUCAUGGUACCAUAGCCAGUAGAGCUAUGUUGUAGUGGUUAUGGUGCUUGGAGUAUUCCUUUAAUUUCCCUUAUUUGUAGUAGAUUCCCAAGAUUUGUUCCCUCUGCGUAGUAGGUGACUUCCAUUAACUUACACAAGUAGUAUCAUUCAUGUUUUUUAUGAAUAAAAAACCUGCAAAUAUGUCCUCUGUGCAUGCAAGAACACACAAGGCCCAGCGGCAUAGGCACCCGUUGUGUUUUAUUUUCAUUGUAAUAUUUUAGUACACUCCCUUGAUCUCGAGAGCAUUUUGUCUGUUUCCUCUCUGGUGUACACCCUUCCUCCCGCAGACCCGUGUGCCCAUUCCACCUUAAAAGGAGGACCUGGAUCUGUAGCAUGGUGGGAGGUUAAGGGGCCCCUUAAAUAUUUGUUUCCUGAAGCCCUGCAAACUGUAGGGUCACUGACUACCAGUGAAAUUAAUCUCUCCAAUAAUAUCCCUCGGCAUUGUGAUAUAGUGAGUAUAUUUGUACCACAAUCACAGCAUUGUGUGUGACACAAUAAAAUACGUGUCGAUCUUUAUAUUGUACACUGUGUGUGAGUGUAUAGUGUGUAACACUGUGUGUAUAGUGUCCGCGACAGUGUAUAUUGUGUCACACUGUGUGUAUAGUGUAUAACGCUGUGUGUAUAUUGUCAUGCAUUGUAUAGUGUGUAACGCUGUGUAUAUUGUGUAACACUUUGUGUAUAGUGUAUAACGCUGUGUGUAUAGUGUCAUGAAUUGUAUAGUGUGUAACGCUGUGUGUAUAGUGUAACGCAUUGUAUAGUGUCUAACACUGUGUGUAUAGUUAAAUAGUUACAUAGUUACACAGCUGAAAAGAGACUUGCGUCCAUCAAGUUCAGCCUUCCUCACAUUUGUUUUUUGCUGUUGAUCCAAAAGAAGGCAAAAAAAAAAACCAGUUUAAAGCAUUUCCAAUUUUGCAACAAGCUAGGAAAAAAAUUAUUUCUUGACCCCAGAAUGGUAGUCAGAUUUAUCCAUGGAUCAAGCAGUUAUUACCCUACAUUGAAAGAGUAUAUCCUUGAAUAUUCUGUUCUUGCAAGUAUGCAUCUAGUAGCCGUUUGAACAUCUGGAUGGACUCUGAUAAAACCACUUCUUCAGGCAGAGAAUUUCACAUUCUUAUUGUUCUUACAGUAAAAAAAAACCCUUUCCUUUGCCUUAGACGAAAUCUUCUUUCUUCCAGUCUAAACGCAUGGCCUCGUGUCCUAUGUAAAGUCCGGUUUGUGAAUAGAUUUCCACACAAUGGUUUGUAUUGGCCCCGAAUAUAUUUGUAUAAUGUUAUCAUAUCCCCUCUCAGGCAACGUUUUUCUAAACUAAAUAGGUUUAAAUUUGUUAACCUUUCUUCAUAGCUGAUAUGUUCCAUUCCUUUUAUUAAUUUUGCCACCUCUGUCCAGCUUGAAAAUUUACCAUUUGUACUCUAUUUCUAAGCCAUUGUUCUACCCAAGAACAAGCAUUUUCAUCUAGACCAAUUUCCUUGAGUUUGAACACUAAUCUAUUGUGUGGAACUGUAUCAAAUGCCUUGGCAAAAUCCAAAUAGAUCACAUCCACUGCAACACCUUGAUCUAUACUUCUACUUACUUCUUCGUAGAACGCAAUCAAAGUUAGUUUGACAUAACCUGUGCUUCAUAAAACCAUGCUGAUUUUUGCUGAUAACCAUGUUCUUCUCAAGGAAUUCUUGAAUAUUAUCCCUUAAUAACCUCUCAAAUAUUUUCCCAGCCACAGAAGUUAGGCUCACAGGUCUAUAAUUUCCAGGCAAGGAUUUUGAACACUUUGUGAAUAUAGGAACCACAUCUGCCUAACUCCAAUUCUCCGAAACACUUGCUAAAAGAAAAGAAUCUUGAAAGAUUUAAAACAGAGGUUCAGUUAUUUCUACACUUAGUUCCUUAAGUACACGUGGAUGGGUACCGUCAGGCCCUGGAGCUUUGUUUAUACUUUCUUUAGUUGCUGCAGCACCUUGUCUUGAGUUAACCAAUUACAAUUAUUCUGCAUGUUUUUAGUAGCAAUCAUUUGCACAUCUAUUGCCAUGGGUUCUUCCUUAAUAUAUACGGAGGAGAAAUAGUUAUUUAAAAUUCCUGCCUUUUCCUGGUCUUCAUUAACUAACACCCCCGUUUCAGUUUUUAGUGUACCUACACUUUCAUUUUUGUUUUUUUUUAGAAUUUAUGUUCUUAAAAAAAUUCUUUGGGGUUGGUUUUGCUCUCUUUAGCUAUCAUUAUUUCAUUUUGAAAUUUAGCGAAUCUAAUCGCCUUUUGUUGCACGUAUUAUUGGCUUCCUUAUAUCUUAUAUAGGAUGCAUCUGAUUUGUCCGAUUUAAAUGCCCUUUUCUUAUUUUUAAUCUCUUGUUUUACUUCUCUACUAAGCCACAUUGGUUUUAAUUUGUUUCUUUUAUAUUUAUUUCCCAACGGUACAUACUGAGAAAUGUACCUUUGUAAUAUUUGUUGGAAGAUGAUCCAUUUAUCCUCAGUGUUCUUUUCACUAAAGAGUUUAUGCCAGUCAAUAUAUUGUAAAGCUUCCCUUAACUUAUUGAAAUUGGCCUUUUUAAAAUUAUAUGUUUUAGUAUUCCCCAUGUGCUUUUGUUUUUUUGAGUUUAUUUCAAAGGACACUAUAUUGUGAUCACUAUUUCCCAAGUGCUCACCUACUUGAAUGUUGGUCAAAAGAUCAACGUUGUUUGUUAAAACCAGGUCCAGACAAGCAUCCAUUCUAGUUGGUGCUUGUACAAGUUGUGACAUGAAGGUGUCAUUUAACAAGUUUAAAAACCUAAUUCCCUUUGCUGAGCUACUAGUCCCUCUGUCCCAAUUUAUAUCCUGGUAAUUAAAAUCUCCAAUAAUUAAAGUGUUACCCAGAUUUGCAGCUUUCUCAAUUUGCUCAAACAGCUGUUGUUCCUCGUCAAUAUUAACAUUAGGUGGUUUAUAACAUAUCCCAACCAAUAGUUGGUUUCCCUUCUUUUGCCCCAGGCAGAUAUUUACCCAUAAAGCUUCCACAUUAUCCUCAUCGCAUUCCAUUUGCUUAAGAUUUGGCUUUAAAUCAUGUUUGACAUACAAACAUACCCCACCACCCUUCUUGUUUUUCCUAUCCUUCCUAAAUAACAUGUACCCAUUUAAGUUAACUGCCCAGUCAUGUGUCUCAUCCCACCAUGUUUCAGUUAUGCCUAUUAUAUCAUAUUGUUUAGUGUAUGCUAAUGCCUCUAGUUCCCUCAUUUUGUUAUUUAGGCUCCUUACAUUAGUAAGCAUACAUUUAAUAUCAUGAGUCAUAUUCCGGCUCCCGGCAUCAAUAAAAGGCGGGCGAGGGAGCAGAGCAGAGAGAUCAGAGCUCCCUUGCCGCCUUGGAUAGUCGGAUUUCAAUUCAGCCACGCCAGGGAUCCAGAAAGUGGCCUGGUAGGAGGGAGCACUUCCCUCCUGCUGGUCACUGGAAUUUUGCGCCCCCAGAGCCAGUGUGCCCUAAGGCAGCCGCCUGUGCCGCCUUAUGGACGCGCCAGCACUGGGUGGAGUUACUGGGGUUAAUUUCUGUUGUACAAAACCACCGCACAUACAGACUCCAGGCACCAUGACCACUUCAAAACACUGAACUUCUCAUGAUACUUAGAGUAAUCUUUAAGUUUUAGCAACACACUGUGCCCCAAAGACGCUCAUGCAGCCCACGCAGGGCACCUGUGGGUUUCAUCUAUUUCAAAUGUCUUACAAAUCUCUGAAAUACUUAAAAUAUUGAAUUUUUCUCAUGUUUUAUUGAUGGAUAUUUUUAGUGACAGGGCCUUAUUAAUUUAACCAUUCAUAGAUUGUGCAUUCUAUGAAUUAUCGUCUAUUUCUUUCCCUACUAGAUAGAACCUAGCAACCCUCUGCUCUCUGGGACCAAUUAAGACGCUAUAAUUGAUUCAAGUUUUGUCCUGAAAUAACAUUCUGUUUAUUUCUUUGAAGAAAUCUAUUUAAAGAUGAACCACUUUGUGCCGUUUGAAAGAUCAUACUGAGUUUUGUCUGGUAAUGAUCCAAUCUGUUUAAUGCCUCUUUGUUGACGUUGUUUCGGUAAAGGAAAAAGAAUGGUUUCAUUGCUCAAUUUAGUUACAACAUUUUUUCCCUAAAUUCUGAAAAUAAUUAUGUUGCUAAAAUGGUCGAUUACGUUGUUUCCAAGACUUAGUAACUAGGGUCAAUGAUAGCGAUGGGCAGAUGUUUUGUCAGAAUUUCUGCUGGACAUGUGUCCAAUCAAAUGUGACCAACAUGUUUUGUGUUGAGUGAAAACAGCAAAGGGCUUGACCAUUCCUCAUCAAGAAAUUAUCGCCAGCUCGAUUUUGUAACUACAGACCGAUUGAAAACAAGACUCGGAGAAUGGCUGAGACAAAUAUAAAUUUGGGGGAAUCCUACUCGUUCACUGAAAAUAAUGUCUACGGAUUCUUGAUUUAUUUUUUUCCGCAACUGAUCUUUGUUUGGAGGUUAAAAAAAAAAAAAAAAGAUAUUGGGUGAAGCACGAGAUGGAGAGGAAUUGUAGCAAUGCUCCGGUUUCCAUGGUGAUUGCCCCACUAUUGGAGCUGACCAGAGUUGAUUAUUACGAUUAAUCCUCUCUAGGCCGUAUUUAUCAUUGGAAAACAGGAGCUAGUCUAACACGAAGAACAAUCGCCAUUGAAGCGAAGGAAACUUAGUUCUUCGGCUCAGAAUUGCACCUGUCUUGCUUUGAUAAAUAUGGAACAUUGGGUUUUACAUAAGACAAACACAGGCUGUGGAUAAAAAAAAAAACUAAAAAAAACUGACUCCUAAAAUGCAUGUAAUAAGGUUUAUGAAUAGCGUUUGCAUACUAAUCUGAUAGGCCAGUAUAAGGGGGCACGAUGUGAGAUUUGGGGGACGAGGACUGAGAGUGUUACGAAAUUCCAGAUAUGAUACAGUCAGAGUAGUGAUUACCUGGAGCAGUCUUUCAGCUGAAGCAGUUAGGACUGGCAAUAUAAAAAAAAUCAAAUUGUGACUGACAUCUGCAUGAUGAUAUCCAGAAAAACAGUUCGGUAAAAUGUGAGUGAAAUUCAUAAACGGGUAGAAUAGAUCAAGUUGUUCAUUGUUUUACUGGUUUCUAUGGUAACUGGAGCUGCAAUAAUUCUGUUGCCUGGAUAUUGAUGCUAAUACAAAGUCAGCAUUUUAAAUUGUGAAGUUAUUUAUUUAUUUAUUUUGCAGGUGUUUUAUGGACCUUGGACAUCGUCCUAUAUAAAAUAUGUUUGUGUGUAUGCAGAUUUACAGACAUGUUUUGUUUUACACAGGAUGGCGGUUAAUUAUGGUUGUGUGUUCCUGACCUUCUCCUGCGUUAUAACGUUACUGGCACAGAACCUUCAUUCCUUCUCUACCAAAAUACUGGAAGAUAAGGACGCCACAAACCGGGACAAGCCUAGAACGGAAAGGUUGUAACACUACUGAGAUACAUGUUUUGAUGUUGUCCCCUAUGUUUUUGGACUUUAAUUCCCAUGAUCCUUCGCUAGCACGGAUGUAGGAAACAAGGGAGAGGAUUUGGGUGAUAAAUCCCUCAGAUAAUCUAGUUAUUGGGAUGAAAACGGAAGAUCCCCCUCCCCCGUCACAACGGGAAGACUUGGAGAUUUGUUUUGUUAUGAAUUACAAUUUGUCCGAAUUUGGGCCGAUUCGGUGAUAGUUUGAAUUCACAAACUCUGAGCUGGGAAAAAAAUAAGAGAUUGAUGGUUGACAGACACCAUGGACAGUCACUAAAUGUUGACAGACAAGUAUGAAGUGAGCAAUAAGGAAAAACCAGGGAGAGCUUUAACAAAUAAAUAAAUACAUCUAUAUUUAUAUAUUAUAUAUUUAAUAAAUACAUAAUAUACAAAUAAAUAUACACUGCUCAAAAAGAUAAAGGGAACACUUAAACAACACAAUGUAACUCCAAAGUCAAUCACACUUUAAAUAUAUAUAUGCUUAAAUAGAUUAAAAAUAUUCUAGUAACAGCCUCUCAAGUGAUGGUGUAUUAUUUUGUGUCUAGUUUUAACACAUGAUCACUAUAGGUCUCCUAGUUUUUAUGACAGAUAGUGUUCCCCCUUAUAUUUCCUUUGGUUUCUACGCCAAUUUUUGCCAUCCUUUUAAAAGUUAAAGCAUCCUGGAAGCUCUAGGACUAAACAGUUGAGGAUAUACCUUAUUGGCACCCCCUGAUUUUUGGUGUUCUAUCCGAGACUCGUCAACCAUUCAGCCAUGACAUUCAUAUAUCUAGCAGACUUGCACGAUUAACCUGGAGAUAGUGGGUCACAGGUGCUGGAGAACCACAAUGAGUCCAGCUGGCUUAUUGACCCAAGAUGAGCCAUAGUGCAUGAGUGAAUGCUAUUAAAUAAUAUAAAAUGAUUAAAUUAUAAUGUACAAGGAGGGGGUAGUUAGAAUGAAGAAUAUUCUUCUCCUUCUCUGGAGACAAAGAAUUAUUAUUAUUAUUAUUAUUAUUAUUGCCAUUUAUAUAGCACCAACAGAUUCCAUAGCACUUUACAAUAUUAUGAGAGGGGGAUUUAACUAUAAAUAGGACAAUUACAAAUAAACUUACGGGAACAAUAUGUUGAAGAGGACCCUGCUCAAUCGAGCUUACAUUCUAUAGGAGGUGGGGUGUAAAACACAUUAGGACAGGAAUUCUAUUGUGAAUGCUAGUGUUCUUCAGAAAGAACCAUCCAUAGAUCAUUGUUAAACAUACUAAUUUCACCUCCAGUACGGGCACAAUGUCACAUUAUUGAUAUAUAACUGCUUGAGAACAGUGAGCCAUUUAACCUUUGUUUGUUCUGUCAUUUGCAGUUUUACACAGAGCACGGUCAGCGCCCCUACGGACGCUCCAUCACAAUGUGUGCGAUGCUGUGACCCACCGCCAGCAUCCCAAGCAUAUGUCAUGUAUCAGCCUAUACCCCAGGUCAAUAUCACCAUUUUAAAAGGUAAACAUUGUUUAAAAGCAGUGUGCGGGAGACUGACAAGAAAAGAGUUUGGACACUGGGGGCCCAAACAGUGUAAAAUCUAACCGAAGAGGGUGUCAAACUGUCUCACAGAGAAUAUAUUCUGGUGUAUCAGGGUCUCAAGGAGCGUACAGUCAGGUCAAUCAGGUUCUCAAGGAGUGUAGAGCCUGGGUGUAUAGUCUGUACAAUCAGGGUCACUGUAUUUUAUAUACAAUUUAAUUUGGAAAUUGAUCAUUCAUGGUUAUGGACCCAUUGUGACAAAUAGUUUUGUAGCAGUGAAUUUUCCACACAUUUCUCUGGUACUAAAAAGGAAAUCUGAUCUGGUUUUCCAGUGCAUCACCGCGCAUGUCUUCUACUGUGCUGAAAGUUAGCUCAAUGCGUGAACAAGGUGCAUGUUACAUUGUUGCAUGCACAAGUGCAACUGACCUUCAAGGGCACAAUGCAUAUAUUGCGAAUGAAUAAUCUGCAAACAUUGCAAACUGUGCAAAACUGGUAAGUUUCAUUGAACAUGUUGGGAGGGGUGGGGGGGAGCUUGGAGGUAUUGGAACUAUAUUGUGAACAUGAAUUCAUCAAAGUCUGAGACAUAGAAAUGGAAAAAAAAAAAUAUCGAGAGAGAUAUUAAUCAGCCUGCCCACUGCGGGAAAUAAAAAAGCAGUUGGUAAAUAUUUACUUAACUAAAUUUGGGGUAAAAUGUCAUCCUUCAAAAAUAUCAAUUUUUGCCUUAAAGGACCACUCUAGGCACCCAGACCACUUCAGCUUAAUGAAGUGGUCUGGGUGCCAGGUCCCUCUAGGAUUAACCCUUUUUUUUAUAAACAUAGCAGUUUCAGAGAAACUGCUAUGUUUAUAAAUGGGUUAAAUCCAGCCUCCAAAGCCUCUAGUGGCUGACUCAUUGACAGCCGCUAGAGGCGUUUGCGUGCUUCUCACUGUGAUUUUCACAGUGAGAAGACGCAAGUGUCCAUAGGAAAGCAUUGUAAAUGCUUUCCUAUGAGACCAGCUGAAUGCGCGCGCAGCUCCUGCCGUACAUGCGCAUUCAGCCGAAGAGGAGGAGAGGAGGAGGAGAGCUCCCCGCCCAGUGCUGGAAUAAAGGUAAGAUUUUAACCCCUUCCUCUCCCCAUAGCCGGGUGGGAGGGGGACCCUGAGGGUGAGGGCACUCUCAGGGCACUAUAGUGACAGGAAAACGAGUAUGUUUUCCUGCCACUAUAGUGGUCCUUUAAAGAGGAGAGCUUGUAUAAGUAAUAUAUAUUAUUUUUGUCCCAUGCCGUAACGACUUUCCAUUUCUAAUGGCUGUCUUUAGUGUGAGUAAUUAAAUGUACCACAUUUAAGGUACGAAAAUGACAAUGAUUAUUUUUCAUCCAUAUUAGGAGACAGAGGUGAUAUCGGUCCCAAAGGACCUCCAGGAAAAUCGGGCAAAGCAGGAAAUGCAGGACAACGAGGCCCUGUCGGUCCCAGAGGCUUUAAAGGGGACAUUGGGGCUCCCGGAAACUCUUGCAAGAGUUACUACUCUGCCUUUUCUGUUGGUCGAAAGAAGUCUCUCCAUAGCAACGAUUAUUACCAACCUCUUAUCUUUGAUACGGAGCUUGUGAAUCUGUACGAUCAUUUUAACAUGUUCAGUGGCAAGUUUUUCUGCUACGUCCCUGGAGUUUAUUUCUUCAACCUGAACGUGCACACGUGGAACCAAAAAGAGACAUACCUGCACGUCAUGAAGAAUGACAAGGAAGUGGUUAUUCUAUAUGCCCAGCCCAGUGACCGGAGCAUCAUGCAGAGUCAGAGCCUGAUGUUGGAACUGGAGGAACAAGACGAGGUCUGGGUUAGACUUUUUAAAGGAGAGCGUGAAAAUGCUGUGUUCAGCGAUGACUUUGACACUUAUGUGACUUUCAAUGGCUAUCUUAUCAAAGCAAAGGCAGAGACUUAAAUCUAAAGACAUUGACCAAAGAAUAACAGAUACUCAACUCCAUGGUGUCAUGAUCACAAUCCUUACCCUGUUCCAAACUGUUAAUGUGCCCUCUUGGGUGCCAUAGUACUAAUUAGCUUUCAUUAAGAUGACUAUACCACCCUUUUGCAUCCAUAUGUUUCUGAAGAUGAGUUUUUGGAGACCCAUUCUUCUUUUAAAGGAUCUUGUGUCUCUUCUCCCCAUUUUUAUAAUUUAUACCAAACACACUAAGCAUUUUCCAUAUUGUGCUAGGUUUCCAGACAUUCCUUCUGUUACAUAUUACGAACCAUUCCUUCUAUUUACUGCUGUUCAAAAACACGCGUUCCAUAUGGUACGAAACAUUCAUACUAGACCUUUCUUUCUCUUUCCCCAUCUCUUGUUUUGCUGUGUAGUCUUUCUCUUAUCAAGUUAACAAUGUUUCUGGCCUAGAUGUCCAUCAAACCUUUCAUUACACCAUUACUGGUCAAUCAGAGUGUCUCACAAGAUAAGAACUUUGCAAGAUACAAUUUGGGUAUUCCUGGAGUGUGGUUAAAGGACCACUAUAGUGCCAGGAAAACAUACUCGUUUUCCUGGCACUAUAGUGCCCUGAGGAUGCCCCCACCCUCAGGGACCCCCUCCCGCCCGGCUCUGGAAAGGGGUUAAAACUUACCUUUUUCCAGCGCUGGGCGGGGAGCUCUCUGCCUCCUCUCCUCCUCCGAUCCUCCUCCUGGGCUGAAUGCGCACGCGCGGCAAGAGCUGCGCGCGCAUUCAGCCCGUCGCAUAGGAAAGCAUUUACAAUGCUUUUCUAUGGACGCUUGCGUGCUCUCACUGUGAAAAUCACAGUGAGAAGCACGCAAGCGCCUCUAGUGGCUGUCAAUGAGACAGCCACUAGAGGAAACAGGGGGAAGGCUUAACCCAUUCAUAAACAUAGUUUAUAAAAAAAUGGGUUAACCCUAGAAGGACCUGGCACCCAGACCACUUCAUUAAGCUGAAGUGGUCUGGGUGCCUAGAGUGGUCCUUUAAUGAUAUACAUAUAAUGGUUCUAUUUCACUGCAAAAUUACUGGAUUUCAUUGCAUUUAAAAUGUUUCCCCAUAUUAUGGCCAACUUGUAAGAAAGGAGAGGGAAGUGACUCAAUAUCCUUUAAGGAUAUAACGAAGUAUAAGAGAGAAAUAUAUUUAAAAGAAAGCGGGGGAGGGCGGGGCAAAGAAUAGAAUAGUUUUAUAUUUUAAACAGAACUAUAGCUUUUCAAGGAAGGCUGAGAUGAAGAAUUUUUAAAUAAACUAGCAGUAGUAAAUCAAUAAUCAAGAAUCUAUAGAAACAUAGUUGACAGAUUAGACAGACCACUUUGCAUUUAUCCGAUACCAGUGAAAUCACUUUAAAUUCUCCAUCCUUUUAAUUCUAAGGAUUGUCUGAUCAAACUUAUUGAGGGUUGUUCUCUAGCAUAGUGGGUCCCAAGUUCUGAAGGCACAUUGCAGGAUUUAGGCAUUUUCCAAUCCUGUUCAUAUUAGGAAACUGACAAAACUGGGUUGGGGUCCUCUGUGUCACAUGGCCUUUAUUAUCUGAUUUACGAAGUAAAGUUGGACUGUCUAGUACAAUCAUUCUAGCAAUAGUUCUGGAACACCAGGUAGCUCUCAAUUUUUUUUUCCCAUUGAAAUGUUAUAACAUAAUUCAUGCCUGGAAUUUGUGAGUUAAAACAGGAAUCACAGGAUUGCACAUUUUUGAUUUAAUCUCCCACUUUGAAAUGUCCCACUCCCAGCUCCCAGUUUUAAUUUUAGUCAAAUUUUAGUCGACUAAACGUUUCGAGAUUUAGUCGACUAUAACUAGAAUAAAAGUAAAAUAAUUCAGAUGGUUAAUAUACGACUAAAACUAUAAUGGCUUUUUAGUCAAAAGACUAUGACUAAAAAUAAAAAUUGAAAUUUGACACCAAAAAUAAAAAAAGAACAGAGGGGCUGUGGAAGGGGCAAAAGAGACAGACCAAGGAUUGGGAGAGAGACACCUAGAGGGGCUGGGAGGACAUAAAGAGACACAGAGGGGCUGUGGAAGGGGCAAAAGAGACAGACCAGAGCUUGGGAGAGAGACAAUUAGAGGGGCUGGGAGGAUACAAAGAGACACAGAGGGCUGUGGAAGGGGCAAAAGAGACAGACCAAGUACUGGGAGAGAGACACCUAGAGGGGCUGGGAGGACACAAAGAGACACAGAGGGGCUGUGGAAGGGGCAAAAGAGACAGACCAGAGCUUGGGAGAGAGACAAUUAGAGGGGCUGGGAGGACCCAAAGAGACACAGAGGGGCUGGGAAAGGGGGCAAAAGAGACAGAUAGGCUUUAACUAAACCCAUUAGAGUUUAGUUGUGUUGACUAAAAUCUGCUGGAGAUUUAGUUGACUAAAACUAGACUAAAAAUAAAACAAUUAAGACCAACACCCAGCAUUCUAGCUUGCUGUCAUCCAGAUUGGUAGCAAUGGGUGACGCCAUGUUGUAUUGUGCUGGGGGUCAUUGAAAAUUCAUAAAUGGGAAUAAAAAAGUCAUUAAAGAAACAAAAUAUUAUUAAAUGCGUGGGAUUCUUGGUUCUAUCCUUACAAAAGUCAAGUACUGGUACUCCAGCUCUGUGAACUCUGGCUAAUCAUCAUUGGAAUGCUAGUCCGCAGUAGCUGUUCCAGACCUUGCUUAGCACUGGCCCCCAACCAGCUCCCUUCUGUCGGUAUCACAGCAGUCCCAUAAUGCAGAGCACCACAUCUGUAAACCAUCAGGCUGCGGAAUCAUGAUGUCACCUGGCUAAUGUUCGACUGGUUAUUCCAAGGUCAAUCGGCGCAGUUUAAACUAUUUGCAAAGUGCAAACAUCCUCUCUGUCUAUCUGCAGCUGAUUGUGCAUCAAAUCGUAAAAGUAUUUUGUAUAAAUAUAUGUUUCUAAUAAACUGCAAACCUUAAAUACUUGUUGUUGCUAAGAUACAUUAUUUAUUGAACUGGGGAUGAAGAAGGAAGAUGUGCCGAGAGUGAUCCAACAACGAUUCUUAAUGAGAAUCUGCUCAGAAGUCAAAAUUCCUAAAGAAUGAAGCAAAUGAUGAUCUUUGGGCUAAACAUAAUUUGGUUUACUGCCCUUUUACAGGCCUCUGUAGUUCAUGAAUCCACUGCCUCCUGGGAUAGCUCUCUGUUCUGCGUUUAUGCCCUGAAAUGGCCUUGACUGUGGCUGUUUAAUGAUACGCUGAACUUUUUGGGGACUUUCUCAGAUCCCCCUCAAUAUAAGGGCACCAGAUGUAAAACCCAGGACAGCGGGACAUGGGUCACUAGAUCAGGACUUGCCGAAUUUACGGAGGUAUGAGCUGUACAUAUCAAUAUUUACAUAUAAAUGUAUCUUCUUCAUUCUCAGACUCCUUCCCACUCCCCUUAAAUCCGUGGGUGUCUCGUAAACACCACAUGUUGCAUUGCUUUUUGGCAUCUGGAUUUAUAUUGGUCCGUGGAAGAAAAAAACAGCUGGUUUUUAUUACUUGGAUAAAAGCAGAAAAAGGGACAUAAGCGGCACUAGGAAAUUAAAUUUAGGGACAGUCAAUGUCAAUGAAUUUCAGAAGCUUUAUUUUUUUUCCACAAUAAAAUAUUUCCUCUCCCACUGUUAACAAAAGCAACAUCGGAAAACUCCAAAUGUCAUGUUUACAGAGUUCUGAUACUGCUAAUUGUGAAUCUCUUUAUCAUGCUGGCUUGUGGAAGUUUAGGAAUCAUUAAAGUCACCCACAUCUGGGUGCAGUGGCCCUGGGGUUUUUUUUUUUUUUUUUUUUCAUGCAUCUUAAUCUGAUCAGGAUGGGGGCUGGUAAAUGCAAUGCUUUCUGUGGGAAAAUGUGUGUUUUUUUAUUUUUUUAUUAAGUAUGCAACAUGUUAGCAGACAUACAACAGAUUUGAAAAGAGGGUGCAUUGUUGCCUACACAGAGGCAGAUGACGUCAAACAAACAAGAGUAAGGCUAAUUACAUAUUUCGUAGUCGUUCCGACCUGGGUAAUGAUGGGCAUUUCGUAACCUCUGAUAGAGAGCAGUUUACCCACGCAGGGGUAGUGUUGUAUACUUAGUAAAUGGUUUGGGAUGCAGGGUUGUGUCAUCAGUAGUUUUACAGCAGUAGCCUACGCAGAGGCUUAUAACACAUGGUCCCUGUGGUUUUUUUUGAGGCCGGCAUCUUGUUUUGUAUUGUGCCUUUCUUAAGCAGAUUGGGUAUGUGGUCUCAUAGGGCGUAGCGACUAUGGUGAUAUUGUUUUACGAUAUAUUGCACAGUGAAUGCCAUUGCGUGUCUUCCGUAAGGAAUUGGUUAGCCGAUGUUAGAGUGCUAUAUAAUGUAUCUAGGUCAGAUUUUGUAGCGGGAUAAGGCGGUCUGUCCCCAUUGGUUGCCUUGUAUGAGCGUCUGUGUUCAGAACCCGUGCCGUGGCGCCCUUGUGUUAUUUCUCUCGGUUUGAGGCUGUCUCCGGGUUGGGGUCAGUCGGGCUAUCUGUAUGUCUUCGUGAGGUUGUGAGUGUGGGGGAUGUGUUCUUGUGCGUGUGCCGCUGGUGGUGUUGGUUUAGUAGUUUGGGGGCGAUGGUUUAUGGUCCCGAUCGGUGGGGGACUCGUUUGGUGGGCUUCUAUAGGUAGUGUCAGCUUCCACUUAUCUAGGGUGGUGCCCUGGUCCUGGAGUCCGGUCUCAUUCACCCCAGAUCCCGGUCUCAUCCUUCCAUGUCCACGGUCGGGGUUCAGUGUUGGUUCAGGGCAGGUUCGUGUCUCGACCCAUGGGACAAUGUGCACGUCGGGGGUGCGGAGGUGGCGUGUGGUUGUGUAGGGGGGGGAGAUCUUGGGUGUCCUCCCUCCUCCUCUCCGCUUGGGCAUGAUGGUGUCUCUUGUGCCUUGUGAAGGUUAGGACCGUGGGGAUGGGACGGGUGUUCUGUGUGGUAUAGCAUGGCCCUGUGGUGGUAUGUCUGAGUUCGGGCCCUGGGGUUUUAACCUCGACAUGUAAAACUUUUUUUUUGUAGAAACUGCGAUGUUUCCUUUGAAAGGUUAACACACAAACCCUGUUUUCAAUCAAUUUCUGCUUCUAGAGGAGAGCUUGACUAUUGGUGCAACAUGCCGCACAUGCGCACAAGCCUCUUAAUGUUUCUCUAUGGGGAAGCAAUGGAUUGGCUGACAUCAUUAACAUUGAUAACCUCAGCCAAGGAGUUUGGACCACUACAGACAGAUCAGUGUAGGGAUGGGGAAAAGGUCAGUAAAACAGCAUUUUUCAUGCACUCGGAGAGCCAGGUUGGUGGCGGACACAUAAACUGAUACAGUACACAAUAGUGUUAGGUAGGUGUACAUGUUUGUAUUAGAGUUCCUUCAAUGUGUUAAUUCAGAGGGUGGAACGCUGUGAAGGUGAGUUAGCCAUUUAAUUCUUUGGCUUGGCCAUCAGAAUGUCUACACCCCACUAUACAAAAAGAAUACUCUUCGUCUGUAUUGAUAGAAUUAAAUGUGAGAUACAUUGGAGUUUAUUCAAUAAAGUUUGAAAGCCGAGGUCCAGAUUGUGAAAUGUACCCAGGUACCACCCAGGGGCAUCAGACAUUUGGACAUCUGGACUUCGAUCACAAGAUUUAUCAGUGUUCAAAUUUUUAACAACAGCUUCUGAUUAAAUAGUUUUUACCCUCUUUUAUUUGCUUAAGGGACAAUAAUUAUUUGGAACUGCGUCACUUCACAGUUAAAACACACUCUCUGAUAACCCACAGGUGGAAACCACGACGGGGCACUGACAAAAGGCAUUUUGGGGUUUACAUAACCUUAGGAAGGCAAUGAUUGGUCAGAAUUGACAUGUGACCCCAAAACAUGCAUACGCGUCGAUGAUUUGAUGACACGCAAGUUCACGUCAUUUAUGUAAUGAUUGGGGACGGGAUGAUAAUCCUUUGUGGAAGUGAAGCAGCUGGCGUCCUUCAUAACGCCAUUCUGGCCAGGGACUGCAAUGUGAACAGAUCAGGUAGCGCCAUUAGUCAGGUAAGUUUAUUUUAGGUAGCCCUGCCAAUUGGGCACGGUCAUGUGAUCGUACCUGCCGGGCGUGGUUACAAUUAUUAAUUGUACCUUAUCAAAAGUGAAUCCUAUUAGACAUAAAAUAACAUAAUUUCUCAUAAAUAAUUUCACAAUACUUGACCGUAUAAGAUACACAUAUUAUAAGUUUAACAAAAAUGUAUACAUAUUACUUAUUAGACAAUAUAUUCUUCUUUUACACUUUUCUCCCAAGAGUCCCAUUUUUGACCCAAUUGUGCAGACGAUUGUCUUAUUACCAAUAUGUAACCCUUAUUUUCAGCAAUCAGAAAUACAAUGUAUUUUUUCAUCAAAAUAUUUGGAGAUUUCCAAUGCCUUGGUGUAAACGAGGUAGUCGCAAUUAAUGUAUGAGAUACUACAAUUUUCUCACUCCUAUACAAUAUCAUUGGAGUUAGCUUAACCCCUUGUAACGAAGCUCCAGUACUCCGACCGAGUACCUCCGCCAAGUGUGCUUCCUUGUAGCUAUCAGGGACCCUGAAACACUUCAGACCCAGAUGCAGAGGCUUGACUGGGAUCAUUUAGGGCCUUUUCCACCCUGGACCAACCACCAGACGACACAUGGUGAAGGUUAAACAGCAACUCUUUAAUGAAUACAGCACACAUAGUUUAAGCCCCCAACAGCCUCAUUUACAUACAAUAGGGUACAUAGAUUACUAUAGUACCAGGAAGGGUGGGGUCAGACAAUAGCAAGGGCUGAUGGGAGAUUGAGGAGGGACAGAGCAGCUAGAUUAAACUGGUCUGGCAGUGUCCCUGGGACAAUGCCCUGCUUGGGAAACAAUAGGACAGGAAAAAGUGGGGAGGGGGAGAUGCACAGACCAGCAAUACAUUUAACAUACCCUGCACAAAUAAUAGGCACAAUGUGACAAAACACAAAAGGAAUUUGGGAGCCCACCCAUAGUGUCUGUCUUCCAUCCCCAGUGAUGGUGACUACCAUGACAUAUCUCCCCCCCAAAGGUAGACUAACCAGGUACCAGACCUCCAAUCGGUCUGUGCCUGAGUUAGUCGGGUAAUAAGUCCCAAAAAGUCCAUCCAUCCUAGCAGCCUUCUCGACAAAGUUCCACAUAGUUUGUAAGUUUGUCCCGAUCGGGAGCAUGGAGCCCUCAUAGCCGAUCAGUCUGUGGAAGUCUGGUUUGGGCAGGCCAGACUGGGCUUCUCGGUCAUCCUGUGCCUCUAAUAAGCACAGGGUGACUUAGACAUAAGAGGGGACUUGGAAGUUGAGAAAGGGAGUUCCCAGUGAAUCUGCCAUGGCCCCCUUCCCAAACUCAAACCUAUCCCCAUAUCACUCCACUCUUAGGGGGCCACUGUGACCCCAAUAGACCCCAAAAGCAAUUCUGGAACCCUGUAUCGAUAGCUCAGAAUAAUUUCCAGCAUAUUUCUCCCCCUUCAGAAGGAUACCAAUACAGGAGACCCCAGACGAGUUGACUCUGAAGUUAGUGACUGCAUCCAGAUCAUCAAGGCCAUCACCGAAAUGGUACCCCAAACAAAUUGCCCAUGAAAGAGCAGUACUUACCCAGCCAACUUCUGCAUCUGCUAAAGCAUAUACCUGGCGAUACGUACCCACUCUCCUGUCUCCCUGGAUCUCUCUCAGCCACUGGAGGGAAGUCAGGGUGGCUGGGCCCCCUCUGACAUGGGGUUGGGGAUCAGAGCUCAUUGUCCAGCCUUCCUGUGGACUACAGGUAGAGACCAGAGUCCCAUUUAUUUGUACUGGAUAGAGAUCCCCCACUGCUUGCGGCAAAGGGCUGAGGUUAGCCGUGCUUUGCUCUGGGAUCCGCCCUGGGACAACGCCCUGCUGGGGAAACAGGACAGGAAAAAGUGGGGAGGGGGAGAUGCACAGACCAGCAAUACAUUCAACAUACCCUGCACAAAUAAUAGGCACAAUGUGACAAAACACAAAUGGAAUUUGGGAGCCCACCCAUAGUGUCUGUCUUCCAUCCCCAGUGAUGGUGACUACCAUCACACCCCUUAAGGACCAAACUUCUGGAAUAAAAGGGAAUCAUGACAUGUCACACAUGUCAUGUGUCCUUAAGGGGUUAAAUGGGCCCAACAGGGGGGAAGGAGUCAUAACAUUAGGGUCAAAUAUUUGUAGUAAAGAUUAAAUAUAUUUCUAUAGAAUAUAAAGAAAACAAAAUAAUUGUGCUUGUUUAAUUGUGCUUAACUCUUAGCCCGUGUUUAAUCCACCUGCGAGUGGCUGAAUAUCUGCGUCAUGUGCUUUUCUUUAUAAAAACAUAAAAUAAAGAAGGUGAAAAAAACAUGAAAGAUAUUUCCUACGUCACUAUUCCUCCAACAUCUCUCCGACUUGCAUGGGAAAGCAUUUAAAAUCUUAGCAAAGAUUAAAAAGUACCACCUGUCCAAAAUCUUAAAAUGGUUUUUGAAAUGGUCUGCAGACCUAGUCAUCACUUAAAACGCGUUUGUAAAAUUAUACCAUUCUGAUAUGUUGAAGGAUAACUGCAUUUCUUUGUGUGGUCAAUUCUAAUUCAAAACAAUACAUUACAAAAAUCUGUCAUAAGUUCCAUUUAGAUAACUUACUACUAGGGAGAAGGGGUUGACUCCAUUGAGGGGUACAUUAUAACCCAAUAAUUAAAACAUAAUGUUUAUAUUAUAUGAAUAAUUGACUACUUUGAUAAAUUAAAUGAAUAUUAUUAAUAAUAUUUUUUUUAACAUUCUAAGAAUGUUUGGGCAGUAAGUGGGGAAAUAUUGUGGAUUUCUGUAGUUUCGCCUGCAAAAGGCAGGUGAAUUUAUCGUGUGAAUUUCCCUUCGACCAUAUUUGUUCAAAAGGAAUCCAGGUUUAAAAAAAACCCCAGUGUUUGAUAAAUGUGAGAAUCCUAUUUUUUUAUAUCAGACUAUCAUGUGAAAAUCAACGAUGGUACGGAAUGAGAUAUGGUCACUCGGAUAAAAUAACGCCUUUACUAAAUGCUAAAAUUGCAAUUCUGUUAUUGUGAAAUUAUUUUGAAAUUCUGCGGACCAAAUUCAGCUCUUAGUGAAUAGCCCCAUCUUGAUUUAAACAGGCACUGUGCGAGAUAAGUAAAUAGUGUCCAGGUGCCAUUACAGGGUGUAAAGUUUAAUAAAGUUUUUUUGAGUCUGUUACACUGUGUGUCGUAUGACUCCUUAUUCUAUAAUACAUUUGUAAUGUCGUAUCCUACACAAUUGCUUUGAGAUCAUUAGCGUUAUCACUAAACCAAGCAAUCAUAAGGGAAAUGGACAUUUUAAGGCCAUAACAUCCAAGCUGGGAAAAUAGCUGCAUUGGAGCCUUUUUUUACCAUUUUGGAUAUUUGAAAUUCCAUGGUCCGUUUAAUUUCCAACAAUUCCCUUUUUAGUAAAUAAGCCAAGUUUGUGCCAUUUAGUGUUUCUAAGCAACGGCAAGAAAUCCCAGUACGAAUGGUUGAAAUGGAUAAAUGGGCUUGUUUUCUCUAUUCCUUGUAUCUCAGACUGGCAGCCCCAACCUUCUAAGAUGACGACUAUUUAGCAUGUGUGAAAUGACUGAAAUAGUGUAAAGAGAGUGAAAGGUGGAGACAUACCAAAUAAGUGGGAGGAUGCUGAAAUUCACACCUUUUAAAUGGGAUGAACACUUGUCCCAAUUAUGAGGAAGUCCUCAGUAUAUUUGGAUUUUAAGUCCGCUAUGGAUUCUGGGUAGUGACAUUCAAAUGAAUGGCAAUAUGGCACGUCUGACCGGCAAUAUGAUAUAUCACCUGAGGAAUUCCACUUGGUGAUCUCUGUCACAACUUCCCGAACAACCAAAGUCUUUUUAUAACUUUUUUAAACUUGUAAUUCCAUUUAACCUAUCAUCCAAGUUAGAAAAAUGCCUGCAAAGUUAUCGAUCAAAAGAUAAAGUUACCAGCAUGUCGUCUCGGAGUGAUUGCAGCAUCUCUGUUCCAAAAUGAUGAGCAUGUCAUUCCACAAUUUCUAAAACUCUAGAUCAGGGGUGCCCAAAAGGUAGACCCCAGGUGUUGUAGAACUACAACUCCCAUGAUGCUUUGCACGCCUUACGAAUGCUUUAUAAUGACAAAGCAUCAUGGAAGUGAUAAUUCUACGACGUCUGUGGAUUAGCCUCUUAGGGGGACCCCUGCUCUAGAUGCUUCAAGUUCUGACAUUUAGAUCUGUAAAAACCAACACGGUAACAUAAAGUAUACAAAAUAACUAUCUGUUUAAUAACCAGUGCAUUGAGUACUUUGUUACAUAGUAAGUAAAGUAUUCUCUACACAUAACUUGAUAGGCAACAUUUUACAUUAAACAUUUUCUGUUUGUUUGUUUUUUUAGUUAUUUUUUUUUGUUGUUGUUGAUUUUGACACUCCAAAGCAGAGCCCCCAGCAUAAAUGUUUCCACUAAUUCUGCGGGCCUCAGCAGCCGGGCGUGAUUAAGAGCCCCUUGGGCCUGUUGCUGACAGUUACGAUGGGCCGAAUUACAGAAUCUUAUUGAUUGAAAACACUGUAACAGUCAUAUCUCCCAAGGUCCUGUAGCUGGUGGAGGAAAACUCACAGGAUAUAACUAUAAGACUAUACAGGCCCCCUAUGCUAAUCUCUCACUUUCGUCUUUCAACCAAACCCAUACCCCAUAACAGCAGUGAAUCACGACAUUAGUGUGAGGGGUAAAAAGGGUGGGCCACUGGCGUGAAUCACAUAACCGGGACCACCAAGCGGGCAGACAUGCCAAUAUAGGGGGCGGGUCUGCCUAAAGAAUUGGAUGGUCAGCCUGGCGCGAUUGCAUGUCAGACUGCCCGCCCAUCAUACAGGCUGGCCUACUAAGGGCAUACUGUGCAGACAGCGCUCUGCGUCUAACGAUUCGCUCACUCUGUGCUUUUUGGGGGCUGUCCCCCAGCACUCACUUGUCCACGCCUCUCCUAACCUACUUACUAGCAGGCAAAAGCUCCUUUUACAGUAUGAGACAGAGAAAAGGUGGAUGUGGUAAGUGUAGCAGAAAGGGGAAAUGCUACACUGUUAGCGAGGCCAAAGCAACAAGAUCAUUAACACAGUGCACAAAUUAACCAUAACUCAUUUACAGUCAGCCAGUCCACGCACGGUUUGUUCCACUAAAUCCCUCGCAAGUUUCCAUAUUUAAUGCCCUCUACACAAAGCAAGAGCAUGUGAAGAAUAAUAGAUCCAUUAGCCCCUUUGGUAAUCAGGCCUUGAACCGCACUUUGUGGAUUAAGUCUACCCAAAACCCAGAAACCAGGGAACAAAGUAAGGAUGGUGGUGGACAAGAUGAAAUCAGGAUUAUUAGGAAUCCUGGCUUGCAAGUACCUUUAGAAAGGGCAAAAACCCCUAUGAUAUAAAUAAUCGAAAGUUCAAUAGGAAACGCUUAUUUGUUAGAGCGCUCUGAUUGCAUUCCCAAAGACGGGCCCUCUUCUAAUUCCAACUAAUUAUUCGCUGGGUUAAACUGAGAUCAGGAUAAUCACUGCUCUACAAAACAAAAACUAAAAUGUUACGUACUCACUUUCACAAUCAUUUGGGGUUUUUGCCCCCUUUUCUUCCUGACAAUUUUACUAUUGACUUCCUCCACAAAAUAACACAAAUUAAUAAUAUCACUAAGGGGGAAAAAGGGGGAAAAAGGUUAAUUUGCAAUUUGAAGGAUUUAUAAAAAGGAAGACUGUGAGCCUAUUACCAAACACCCACCACUCACAUUCACAGUGGCAAAAAAAAAAAGUGUUUAAAAAAAAGUGGACUUUUUCAACUCUUUCGUCGUACAUUGAGAACGACACAUUUCUAAACACAAAAAGAAAAAAAUAUUUUACCCCAAAUAAUGGAAAAAAUUGGUACAAAUAGUAACAGUGUCAAAAGCAGACUAUAGAGUGCCUGUGAUAGAUAUAUAAAUAUACCCCAAUGGGUCCCAUGUGACCUGGAUAAUGGUGUCAUUUGCUAAAUCUUUAAUAUAAAUUAAUAUAAAUUUGAGAAAACAGAGGGUUUCAUGAAAAAGGUUAACCCAAGUUAUUGGUGAUGUGGAAUAUUUUAUUCAGUAAGUUCCCAGUUCAGCAGGAAGGGGUAAUUAGUGCUGUAUGAAGCAGCUCCCAAGUCCUGGCUGGCUGAAGGUUAUGGGAGUCACAGUGAAAGCAAUGCCAUGCCAGUGAUCCCCCAGCCUCACAGUUAGAGGAAGAAGGGGCGGGGUUUACAGGGGAAGCCGCACGUGACCCAGCAGGAGGAAGUGCAGAGCAUGUGGUGGGAGCUGCUCUGGGCUGUGAGCACUGACAGAUCAUAAACUGCAGGUAGCCAUCAAUACACAGGAAGGGAUACAAUGUAACAGGGGGAGAUUAUAUGGGAUACAAUGUAACAGGGGGAGAUUAUAUGGGAUACACUGUAACUGGGGGAGAUUAUAUGGGAUACAAUGUAACAUGGGGAGAUUAUAUUGGAUACAAUGUAACAGGGGGAGAUUAUAUGGGAUACAAUGUAAGGGGGGAGGUUAUAUGGGAUACAAUGUAACAGGGGGAGAUUAUAUGGGAUACAAUGUAACUGGGGGAGAUUAUAUGGGAUACAAUGUAACAGGGGAGAUUAUAUGGGAUACAAUGUAAGGGGGGAGGUUAUAUGGGGUACAAUGUAACUGGGGGAGAUUAUAUGGGAUACAAUGUAACAUGGGGAGAUUAUAUUGGAUACAAUGUAACAGGGGGAGAUUAUAUGGGAUACAAUGUAACAGGGGAGAUUAUAUGGGAUACAAUGUAAGGGGGGAGGUUAUAUGGGAUACAAUGUAACAGGGGGAGAUUAUAUGGGAUACAAUGUAACUGGGGGGGGAGAUUAUAUGGGAUAAAAUGUAACAGGGGGAGAUUAUAUGGAAUACAAUGUAAUGGGGAGAUUAUAUGGGAUACAAUGUAACUGGGGGAGAUUAUAUGGGAUACAAUGUAACUGGGGGGAGGUUAUAUGGGAUACAAUGUAACUGGGGGGGAGAUUAUAUGGGAUACAAUGUAACAGGGGGAGAUUAUAUGGGAUACACUGUAACUGGGGGGCAGAUUGUAUGGGAUACACUGUAAUUGGGGGCAGAUUAUAUGGGAUACACUGUAACUGGGGGAGAAUAUAUAUCGGAUACACUGUAACUGGGGGGCAGAUUGUAUGGGAUAUACUGUAAUUGGGGGGAAGGUUAUAUGGGAUACACUGUAAAUGGGGGCAGAUUAUAUGGGAUACAAUGUAACUGGGGGAGAAUACAUAUCGGAUACACUGUAACUGGGGGGCAGGUGAUAUGGGAUAUACUGUAAUUGGGGGAGAUUAUAUGGGAUACAAUGUAACAGGGGGGCAGAUUGUAUGGGAUACACUGUAACUGGGGGAAGAUUAUUUCAAAUAUAUUGUGAUCUGGGGACAAAGUUCAUAGUCUGUAAUAGACCCGUAACAGGAAGGGGGUGAAGGUGACACAACGCUUAAUGGCUUCUUAAUGGGAACUGCCUACAGGGAAAGCUUUUAGGAUUGUGAGUGGGUGAAUGUUACAUUUAUGGGUUUAUUCACUCAGCAGAACCUUGUGAGUGACUAACGACCCGAUUUGCUUAAAUGGCUGUGUUGGUAUUAAUCUACAAUUCAGCCCAAAACGUUCCAAUCUCUGAGUAGUAAAUAAACCCCUGUUGGAUCUUUUUUCUUUCUAUAACAGCAGUUUUAUUUGUGAUAUUUGCGGUAAUUACUACAUUUCCGAUGUCACCCCUUUUUAAAGUACUAAUGGUUUCAACCAGGCCGGGAUUCUGUUCAUUGAAUGUCGGCAAACUGUGAAAUUGUGUGUUUUUGUUCAUUCUCACCUCUAAAAUCUUCCCUUGAAUCCCCCCUCUCACCCGUCUUCCCCCCACCCUAUAGUCACAUCAUUCUCCUUCCCCUUUCUCUUUUGUACGUUACUUCCAUUACAUUUUCCACCCCUCUCUCCUUACUUUCGCUCCCUCCCACGCUCUUUCCUCCCCAUUUCCUCUCUCCCACGCUCUGUCUGUUGGAUUAAAAAAAUCCUCUUACUGAAUGCAUACCAGCGCAGAGAGAGAAUGAUAAAAAAAACCUUCGUGAGGAAGGAAAACCGAGCGAGCGAGCAAAACUCAGCUUCCAUCGGAUCGCUGACAACCUAACUCAGGUGUGAGCGUGCUACCUGUAUUCACAGGUAAGAUCUUCCCAGUUAGCUUCUACAGCAGAUAUUGUUACUAUAACAGCUCGAUCUUUACAGAACCAUCCAAGCUGUGCUUCCCCAUUUGUCAGUCUGUUAUUCACAUCAAGUCGUGCCUGUGGGAUUUAUUCACUAAACAGUGAAUCGCAGGGGAACUGCAUAUUUUAGUCCAAAGUAGUUUUACUGGAAAGCAAUAAAAACUGGAGAGGGUUUUUUUGUUUGUUUAAAAUAUGGAAUUAAUUCUGAUUCUUCACAAGCAUGUUUUGUGGAUCCAUGUAUCUGUGAUUGUGUAAAUGUGAAAGCAGCGGAAAUGUACACUUUAAAUCAGCUUAUGCAAUAUCCAUUAAUCUAAAAUAUUUAUUUUUCUAAAUCGUGCUGCUUUUAAGGACGAUUAUAUGUUUUUGACGUCUGUGGUUGUCAAUUCAUGUGUUGAAUGUACCGUGAAGAAACUGCUGGAGAGAAGGGAAGUGACGUAUUGGCCAAAUUUCUCAUGAAUUCCAACUUUAUUGGCCAAAAUAAAGUAAAACAAAUCGAUUGUCCAGCAAACAAAAUAUAAGGCGAAAAUGCAAAGAAUUGAACAGUACUAAGAUAUUUUGAACACUUUUCACGCCAUAAAAGGCACCUAAUUAUACUCACUGCUUAUGUUUGUAGUGUUAAACACUGGCAAAUUAACGUAAGGGUUCACGAAAAUGGGAAUUGUCAGGGUUUUUAAGUGAAUUUAAAAUUCUUAGUCAAAUUAGCCAAACUGGACUUCUUUGGACUUUGUCAAUAGCACCUGUCCAGCUGAACAAUGUCUUGUUUCUUCCCACCUAGCAUGACAGCGACACAUGUCUAAGUCCCCUAUCCGUUUCAUUUGCUAUAAUGUUCAGACCUGAUGUGGAGUUUGUAUGGCUGUAAUUUGUUACAUAUCCAUUAGAUGUGAUAAUCCUGUGCUUGGUAAACUGACUGUAAACUAUAAUUGCUUUAUACAUCAGACAUAUUUACUUGGACUCUGAAGCUUUGAACUCAACAAUAAAAAGUUUAAGAUUAAAUAGGUGCGCAUGCGCUAAAUUCAGAAUUAUACGGGAAUUGUCAGAAAUUCUACGUUUAGGCCAAAAUAGACAAGUUGGGGAAAAAAUGAUUUUGUCAAUUAUAUUUGAAAACCUUGAAUUGACACUUUGUGUUUUACAGAAUGUUGCACUAGAUGUUACUGUGCACUAUGUGUAGUUUUUCAGUAAAUUUUGCUCAUUGGUGUACAAAAACGAUGAAACCUCCACAUGUGUGGCCGUGCCACGGAGUCGUGGUACUAACCAUUCCUGUUUAAAUGUGUUUUUGUGUUUAAUGUAUAGUUAUUGGAACAUGAAGAAAUAACCAAGUUAUUUCGUUUAUUUCAUGUAAUUUAAUUCGGUAGCUGUAACUACCGAAAACCGACCACCCCCCUGGCUCAUUAACUUCAAAGAGAACAGUCAUAAAAGCUCUCUCCCUGUGUGGCCGCCGUUUGUAUAGCCGAACACCACGUGGUUGAGAAAACGGCAGCCAUCUUGUAUGCACGAAAGGAGGCAGCGGGACUUGGUCGUUCAGUGUCUGGAACUAAAAUCAGACACUCGACUUCACGAACACCAGUCCCACUGUACGAAUGCCUGCUUCCUUUUCUCAAACAGCUGGGAGAGCGCUGUUCGGUAGUUUUGUUUCCACGAACGAGGGGAACAAUGGCUACUAUGAGCCAGGGGGAGCCGUUCGUGCAUUUAUUCGUUUUUUAGACUUUACGAACUACACCGGCAAAACCACCAAAACUUGUGGAACUGUUUUGGGCAGGAGCCUCGUGUGCGGCCGGUCACUUAAGACUUCCAUGGAAUUCGAAAACCCCUGAACUGAUCUAGGUGAUUUUUGGAUAUGUUGGUCACCCAGAUCAGGACUAUCAGGGGAUAUGACUAUUGCAGGAAUAUUGUAUGUCUUAGGGUACAUUUUAAGUUUUGGGGAAAUUGUAAUUUUUCUGUCUGGAGAUAAUUAAGUUAUUACUUUAUCAGACUCCAUUAUCUCCAGGUAGAGAGGAGGGGAUUGUAUGUUUGUACUGGGAGUGUCACAGUUUUCCCCUGUAUUAUUAUUGGCUGUAUUAUUUAUGUUCCUGUGCCCCACAAGGUCCACAUGGGAGGUCCCCUUGCAUGGGGACUUGCAUAAAAGCCUGUGUUGCACCAUUAAAAUUUAGUUCUGUUACUCCCUUCAUCUAGACUUUGGCUGAUGUUUGGGUACCUGUCUGCGUUACUUGGAGAAUCUACUUGGAUCCUGUAAUUUUGUAUGGAGAAUCGCUUACUUUAUUUCCCGAGUUAUAAUCUCUCAUACUCUGGCCGUUCGGGAGGAAACCGACGAACGGGUAUAAGAGAUACCAGCGUUCUUUACAAUGGGUGUAUGUUGAUAGCAUGUGGGAAUGCAUCAUAUUAUGUAGGAUAAAAAAAUCUCAAGUCCAAUAAAUUUAACGUUUCACAUAUUUCCAUGUCUGAUGUUAAAAUACUCCAAGUACCGAAACCACUACAGGCCUCUUUAAUGGUUGUGGUGAGAGGAGUUCCUUUGGGAUGUCCCACCAUAAGUAGUCAAACUGUUUACUAUGGUUUGACAACUUACCUGGGUCUCCUAAGUGCCCAUGUUACGUGUCUUCAAAGAAUAAAAGUCAGUGCUUGUAGGCAUGGCUGUGGGAUCCAGGUAAGUUGUCAAACCAAAGUACUUACCGUGUGACAAAAACAAGGCACUCCUGGCAACAAAUCACUAUAACUGUCCAAAAUAAGGGGAACGUCUGGUACCACAUCCACUUGAACUGUCCAAAAUAAGGUAAUAUACCCAGAUAAUUAAAAAAAAUCGUAAAAUCCUUCAGGACUCCAAAGUGGCAGUCGGAUUUCUGUUAACAUCCUGCGUAGUAUCUGUUAUAGCCUUGAAUAUCUGUCUUUGCCAAAAACCAGUCAAGAUUUUUACUAGAGACCUCUACUGAUUUGGAUAAAAUAAACCAAUUUAGAGGCGGUCUGUUCUCAGUCUGGAUGUAGAAAGAUGGGAUUUGUUUGCAGUCUGUUCUUUGUCUCUGUUGUUCAGCUCAUGUUGUAUUUUUCCAUUCUGUUCCCACAGGUUUACUUUACUAGCAGAUAUGAAGGUUUAUAAGGAGAUGAUACGAUAUGAAUCUGCCCCACUGUCAGGUAAUGAUCAUUCAUUUUUACUUAAAGUGGUUGUCAGCCCCCAAGGACGUGUUAAAACAGAUCACAAUCAUCGUCAUGUCUUCUCUAGUAUUAACACCCGUAUCUCCAUUCUAGCGAGACACCAUGACCGAGAAACCACCGAACCCAUCAGUUUCUUUCUCUCCAACCUGGAAGAGGUGAUCUCCUGGAAACCCACCAGACAGGACAUGUUCAACGUUGCUGUGACUCCUCUUGCUAAGAGACACCCCCCACUUGAAAGCCCGAGACCCAGGACUCUGAUCUGUCAUGAUAUGAAGGGAGGAUACCAAGAAGACAGGUAAUGUGUAGAGUCUUCAGGAGAUAGAGCUAAGCAAUGCUUGGAAGAUGUGUUUGUAGAUAAUCUCAUUAAGCUUCGUUAUUAAGUAUCAUAAUUUACCUGCUGCACUGCCACAGGCUUGUGUCUCCAGGGCUUAUAGAUAUUGUUUGUACUGUCUAUAUAAGAAUGGCCAUGGGAAAAUGGAUGUCCGCUCCUAGCUUAUUACUUGCUCUGUUAUAGGUUUGUCCAGGGUUCCGACACAAGUGACCCCUACGUAUUCUACCACUGGCAACAUAUCGAUAUAUUCGUGUACUUCAGUCAUCAAAUGUUCACGCUGCCUCCUGUGUGUUGGACCAAUGCUGCUCACAAAAAUGGCGUGUGCGUCCUAGGUAAGAUUCAUGUAAAAUGCAAGUAGUAACCUUGUAGCACCAGAGAACUCUCUGCCAAAGCGUUACUGGUCUGGCAACUAAUAAACUGCAAGGAUAUGGUCUUCCUGCUUUCUAGCGGGUUAUAAUACAGUCCAAUAAAACUGCAUCAAAGUCAAGCAGGCGAUUGACUCCGCCCGAAAAUCACUGGAUGUGUUUAACUAGAACUGAAAAUCCACAAGACCAAGAUUUAAACAGCAGGGAUAUAAUUGGUUACUGUGAUAUCGGGGUGUGGUGGCUGUCCUCUCAAAAACCCUCUUUUUUUACUUGAAAAACAUCUGUUUGAUCAUGUAGGUUCUAGAAUUUGCCUUUCGUGUCCGUUUUAUAAUCCAUGUUUUAGUGGGGAAUAAAAGAGAAAUGAAAUAUAGCACUAUUACUUUCCUUUAAGUACUAUUAUGUGGCAGUUUUGGGGACUCUAUGAUAUCCAUAGUACCAGCACGCUUACUGUUUACCUGCCAUUCAUUUAUAUGGAUCUGCACUCUUACACUUCUGAUAAGCUGGACCCAACUCUCUACCACGUGACACUCUUGCCACCCUAACCACCACCCACCUGGCACUUUUGCAGUCCUCUCUUACCCAGUAACCAUUUUAAUCUUGCUUUGAUUAUUUUAUUUCCCCUUGAUCCCUGUGCCGGGUACAGCUUAGUUAUUAUUAUGGCCAUUUAUAUAGCGCCAACAGAUUCCGUAGUGCUUUUAGUUCACAGUUUUACCUUUAAUUCUAGGUACGUUCAUCACAGAGUGGGAGAACGGAGGAAAAGCCUGUGAGUUGUUUUUGGCUGGUGAGGAAUCUGCAUAUCGAGCAGUCGCUGAUCAGAUGGUACGUCUGGCAGAGUAUUUUCAGUUCGAUGGGUGGUUGGUCAAUAUCGAGAAUCUGCUGAGUGUGAGUAUCGGGCUCUAUGUCUGCAUCCUUCAUUUAAUACACUGUCUACCUGCUGCUUGUUUUAUGUUUGUUUGUCCUGAGGCCCUUUUAUUCACAUAUCCGCUUCUCACCCAGCCCUUAGCAGUGUCCCGUGCUCCCCUCUUUCUGCGCUAUCUGACAGACCAGCUGCACCAGCGGGUACCGGGCGGCCUGAUCCUGUGGUAUGACAGCGUGAUCCACAGCGGGGAGUUAAAAUGGCAGAAUGAGCUUAAUGACAAUAACAGGUGAGUUAAUAACACCGGAGGAGAAGUCAGAACGUUGCUAACAUUAUUACAUUACCAGGAAAGUCAUGGAGCUUAUAUAUAUAUAUUUAAAAAUAUAAAGUAAAGAGGGCAUGCAGGUGCUAAUUUAAUGUGCUAUUAUAUUAUUUAUAUACAAUCUCCAUAAGUACAGUGCUAAGUGCAAACAACAAUCUGCAAAUUGUUUCGAUUUCUAGCGCAAUUACAAAUGGGCAGAACCUAUAAAAUUCUUCUGACAUUAGAGAAACACAAUAUCCACAAAGAAUCUCAGCAUGGUGAACAAAAUAACAUUAAGAUAAUAGAAUAGAAUCCUUUCAAGAGCCAGUACCUAAAAAUUAAAAAACAAAAUACAAAAUAGUGCAUAUCAAAACCCACACGGUCUGAAUGGCUGAAGUGCUGCUCCAGGAGGAUCAGACCCUUGCGGACAAUGGAUCCCAUCUAUGUUCGGCAUGUAACCACAGGUCCCCCACGCAUUAUUCAUUCAUCUGGGUCGUCUGACAUCAUGCCUCUUGAGUCUUUCUUACUCGUAUUCGUCUUUGCCUUCAAUUUAUACUGUGUAUUUUUUCUCUGCUAUAAAUGUUUAUUAUUGUAGCCAAAUGGCUAUAGUAUUAAAUCCUUAGAAACAGUGACUUUUGUUGCAAGUUAAUUUAUACAAAAUGGCAAUGUGUUUUUACUUUUUCCCCACCUCCUGUCCAGUAUAUUAGAAUGAUGAUUGAUGGAUGAAGUGUUGGUAAAGGUUGUACAGUUAAGGGAAGGAUUGGCUCCUGAUUGUUACUGGCCUCCAGACAAACGUUCUUCAUAAACAAAUUGUGGAGUGCGCUGCGAACAGCGAGGCGGCUAAAUUAGUGUAAUUAAAGGAUUGAAUCAUGCGCUUAUUAAAGCAAACCUUGUGUACUUUAUUUAGUGGAAAAUUUGUAGCAAGCCUAGCUUAGCAGAAAGAUGUAUUUUGCAGUCAUGGUAACAUAAAAUUAUCUUAAUUUCAUGGCUAAAGCAGAUCUGUCACGUGAGAUUUAUGCAAUUUGAUGGCUAGCUAUAAGGUAGAUUGUGCCAUUUCUUUUCUAAACAUGUCAUUCCUCUUUAUAUUGUAAGUUACACUGGCUGUCCUGGAACAACUAGAGUAUAUCAUGCAAAUUAAUAAAACCCCCAAAAGGCUAUAGGGACAAGCUCAUCCGCAUGUAUAGUUGGUUAAUAUUGAGCUGAGAAUUAAAGUUGCUAAAAGCAAAAUGUCCAUCCAUUUCUGUAUUCAACCUUUGAUCUUUCUUCCUGUCCAGGGGCUGAUAUCGAACCUGUUUUGCCGGUAUAUGAAUAACCUGUGUUUUCUAUCUUUCGCAGGCAGUUUUUUGACGCCUGUGAUGGAAUUUUUACAAACUACAACUGGCGAGAGGGAAACUUGCAGGCUAUGGCGGACGAGCCGCGUCGGAUGGACGUGUAUAUCGGCGUAGACGUGUUUGCUCGAAGCGAGGUGGUGGGAGGGAAAUUUGACACUUUCAAGGUUACUUCUAAUUAAAAAUUCUUUUCUGCUUCUCUGACACUUUCCCUAUUUUACGCACUCAUCAUUCUAGUCCUCGUUGCACUUCAUCUGCAUAAGUUGAAUGAUGGCCUUUUUAUAUAUUCAUGGUUUACCUCACGUCAAGAUUUGCUAUCAUUGUUCCCUGGGCCUCGCCUGUUUUCUUCCGGAAUAAUAUAGAGUUAAAGAGGUUUAUAUAGGCCUCUAUUUGCAUGCCGUAUAUAGGCGAAUGAUUGUAUAGUUAUAUGAUCCGGCAGACUCUUCAUUUACCAGAAAGAGCCUCCACCAAUCAGGAGCUUUCUGGUCCAUGAUGUCUAAACCAGCAGAGGAUUAUGGGAUAAGUAGUAUAUACCCCAGGAGCAGUUCCACUCGUCGUAAGGGGAACUGCACUAAAAAGUGAUGGCAGCCAUGCCCUGGCUCUCUAUUUAUAUACAGUGUAGUUCAUCUGUGUGAACCAGACUGUAGUCCUAUAAAUAAUUUGGACUAAACUAAAAUAGGCAAUCUGGAAAUAAGAAUUAUUAUCCUGCUUGACAGCUCUGAGGGGCGGGCUUAUAACUGAUUUUUUUUUAUUUUAUUUUUUUUAUAAAUGGCAAUUCUAAGCCACUCUCAGAACUGAGGGUAUAGGGUACUCUGUCCACCACUAACAUAACAAUAAGGCAAAGUUGUGAUGGUUCUUAGACUGACCAUCUAAGCCAAAGUGGAUUGUGGCUACAUGCGUUUACUUGUUAUUUAUAAUGUAUUUUCAUUUAGUCCUUGCAGAUGAUCCGAACGUAUGGCCUGUCAGCCGCUCUGUUUGCCCCUGGCUGGGUUAUGGAGUGCCUGGAAAAAGAAGAAUUCCUACAGAACCAGCACAAGUGAGUAGGAAGUGGGUUUGUCCAAUUUUCUGACUUUUAUUUUUCUAGUUUAGGUCCGUUCUGUAUAAUGGUACAUUGCGUUAUAAUAUUAUUAUUAAAAAUGUGCUAUAUUAGUUCUUACUCCAACAUAUAUUUGUUAGAAUGGAAAAACAGAAUGACUAUUGGGAUAAAACAGAGACAGUCUGCGGUAAAGUCAUGGGGUAUUUACGUCUAUAUUGUAACGUACAACCCAAAACGCAGAGCAAAAACACACCAGAUAAAAUAGAGACAGAAAGAAUUUCCAUAAACCGGUCCUGAAUGGCCGGAUAAUAGAAUAAACUUCAAGGAACGUCAGAAAAAAACAAGGUCACGGGGAGCCAGAAUUCACAAGGACGAGUAACAAUGCCGAGUCAGGGGAACCAGAAAUCAGAAUAGUCGGUCAAGCCGGGUCAAAACCAAUAAAUACCAAAAGUAUCAAAAGAACGCACUACAGGGACACUAGUGACACUAAGAGCCACAACAGGGCACUGUUCCUUGGGCAGACUGGUUUUUUUUUAUGGUUGGGGGCAUGGUUAGAUAAUAGUAUGCUGAGCUCUAUUGUUUAGAGCUCCUCUGAUGUCAUGACUGCGGAACGCGUGUCGUGCCAUAAAAAGUGGCGGGUGCACAGCAGCCGGCGUCCAUGAGGUUGUCUGGAGCCUCAUGCUGCAUGGGAGCGGCGGUUUGCCGGAUCUCAGAGGUGGCGGAUCGCCUGACCGCUAAGGUAAGUACAAGGGGGCUAACAUAUAUAUUGUAAACACUGUAUGAAGUUCAGGGGGACUUGAGUUGGGGACCUAAAUUAACAUUCUUAAAAAAAAUGUUCGAUCUGGUACUUGAGUAUAAAGCCUAAUGUCGGUGCCCAUCUAUCUCACUAGACAGGUGGAAUGUUUUUGUUUCUAGUAAUCUGCACUGUAGCCACAUUCAUUGGAAUGUUUAAUGUUCCACCAGUCUGCACUGUAGCCACAUUCAUUGGAAUGUUUAAUGUUCCACCAGUCUGCACUAUAGCCACAUUCAUUGGAAUGUUUAAUGUUCCACCAGUCUGCACUGUAGCCACAUUCAUUGGAAUGUUUAAUGUUCCACCAGUCUGCACUAUAGCCACAUUCAUUGGAAUGUUUAAUGUUCCACCAGUCUGCACUAUAGCCACAUUCAUUGGAAUGUUUAAUGUUCCACCAGUCUGCACUGUAGCCACAUUCAUUGGAAUGUUUAAUGUUCCACCAGUCUGCACUAUAGCCACAUUCAUUGGAAUGUUUAAUGUUCCACCAGUCUGCACUAUAGCCACAUUCAUUGGAAUGUUUAAUGUUCCACCAGUCUGCACUGUAGCCACAUUCAUUGGAAUGUUUAAUGUUCCACCAGUCUGCACUAUAGCCACAUUCAUUGGAAUGUUUAAUGUUCCACCAGUCUGCACUAUAGCCACAUUCAUUGGAAUGUUUAAUGUUCCACCAGUCUGCACUGUAGCCACAUUCAUUGGAAUGUUUAAUGUUCCACCAGUCUGCACUGUAGCCACAUUCAUUGGAAUGUUUAAUGUUCCACCAGUCUGCACUGUAGCCACAUUCAUUGGAAUGUUUAAUGUUCCACCAGUCUGCACUGUAGCCACACUCAUUGGGAUUUUUAAUGUUCCACCAGUCUGCGUUACAUACAUCUGUUCAUUUCUCAGAGCUCCUGUAUCCUCCAGUAUUUUGUUCAGUAAAUAAAAUGCACACUCUGUUGGAGUUUGGUAAAAGGACUUAAUUGGCCAGUAAAUUAUUUAGUUGCUUGAACUGUAUGUCUUAGUGAGGAUGUAUUUCAGUGUGUUCCUGUGCUAUUCAGAAUUCUUCUUGCUGCCAUACUCCGCAUUGUGGUGUGUUACCAAACUCUAUAAUUAUUAUGUACACAUAAACAUAUAAACUCUGGUCCGUCUACUUAAACAAAUAUUAAUUCAGAGACACAACAACAUAAAAAUAAUGACCCACAAUCUAACUAACCAAAACAACAACAACAGCAACCACAAUCUGACUAACUCACAAUAACAACUAAACCUUAUAAAGUCAUCAGAUCCCACUCCCCAUUCACCAUGAUAAUAAUUAGGCCAUGUCUGCUCACGUGUCUGCUCAGUAGCACAGCCGAGAAGGAACAGGGAGGAAUGGAGAUAGGGGGAAGUGGUUAAAGGUAUUGAAUUCCCUAAUUACCAUUUUAAAUGGUAAAGCUUAUCCGCCUGUAAGAAAGGCAUACAUGAGCUUGGUCACACGACCCCUGGUCACCAUAUUAGUUUGACAAAAUGUCACCACACGCAUCCUGUCAUUCAUAAAUCACCACUGGCAGCCACACAUGUCCAGACCAUGGUAGACCAUCGACAGGUGCCACAUUUAACGUGCUUAGCUUUGGAUCAUGCACAAUUUCUUUCUUUUUUGCCAUAUUUUCCUAUUUCCAUCACUAUAUGCAUCACAUUAGUCUAAUAAGAGUACUGUUAACUUGGCAAUAGAGAUCUACAACUAAGAAAAUGUUUGAAACCAGAAGAAAUAAAACAUUUUCUGAUAUAUUGUCCAUUUCCUAUGGCUUGUCUUUUUGUUGUUGCACUGUGUCAGUCAGUCUCUCAUGAUGGCGUCUUUUUCAUUCCAGGUUCUGGUCUCUGCUGGAGAACUAUCUAUUUAUACACAGCCUCUGCUCACUUCCUAUUUGCUCCACUCUUUGCCUUGGAUGUGGAAAGAAGAGAUUCUCUUUUGGAAAGGUGAGGUCCUCAUUUUGUUUUUUUUAUGAUGUAAAUCUUUGAACCCCCAUUAGCUGGGAAUAGGGCCCCAGACCAUGACCAAGUGAUCAGUCUGCCCCUUUUUUUGCUGUCUUACAUAAGAAGAUGAUCCCUGAUGGGGCCCCGUGCUGUGUAUCCUAGUAAGAGUGCUGCCAUUUUUUUUUCUUUAGGAUGAAGAAGUUGGCCCAUGGUUUAACUUGAGUGCCCAGGAGAUUCAGCCAAUCUUCACAGAGGUCACGUCUCAAGACCAACAGAGUGGGUGGGUGAGGUCCCGUGUCUGCCAGAAGGAUGCGUGGCAAGGAGGCAACUCGCUGCUGAUUGAGGGGAAGUUACCAGCAGAUACAAAUGGAGUCACACUGAGGUUAGUGCCUGGGUAGGAAUUCAAGCGAGUUCACUAAGAAAGUGAAAGGCAAAAGACAGGUUCAUUGGAAAAUACAUUUGUGUAAUAAUCAUAGUAUAAAAAUAAUUUACAUUGAAAUACGUUUUACGGUGGCAUUCAGGUAUGACAAUGUUGGUCAUGCUGUAUCAUCACAUGAAUAAAACUCUCAAUGACGCUGCUGUACACAAUCUAGGUAUGGUAUGGUAUGAAAUGUGGUCCUGAAAAUUUCCCUGGAUUUAUUAUGAAAGACGCAAAUAAACCCCAACGAUCACCUUCUAAUUACCAUCCCCAUCUCUGUGUUUUAUGCCAAUACCAUGAGCUAGAAUCUGAGUGAUUCAAUGUCCAGUGAUGGAUAAUGCUGUUUUUUUGAAGCUGGUUUUGACUCCCCGAUGGGGACCUCUGUAAAAAGCAUUAUUAAAGUUGUACUGACAUCAAAAAGUGACUAAAUCUUCCCACUGUUUCAGUAAAAUGUCAAAUGUACUGCUGUACCAUAACUACACACUGUAAAGAAAAUAUAACUUGCCCUAGACUAGACAUAGCAACUGUAAUAAAAUUGUUUGCACGUCUCUCCCAGAAUUCCUGGCAGACAGGGCUGUGACUUUUUUUUAGCAUUGUUUGCAAUGACUUUCUGCUUUAGAACAUGUUUUUUGAAUUUCUACGCAUGGCCAAUGAUCUGAAUUAACUAAACCCCAGUAAAGAAUAGUGCUGUUCUGCCUUAUUGGAGCUCUGUAAUGAAUGAAUACCGGCGGCUCUCAAGUCACUGGUCCCCAUUACAGCUAGGACCUAGUUAAACCAAUAAUGAGCAUUGAUGUUCAGCAACAGAAACUGUUUCCAGUUUUGCCUGAAACCCCACCACGAGCAACACUUCAGAUGACCACGCUCCACCACUCUUGGGACCACCUGGCAAGUCUAGAUUAUCUUGGGAAAUAAUUGAUAUUAUAAAGUAUUAUACACGUAACACUGCAGAUCUUUAUCAUUGGGACCUGGAAUUGAAAUGUAUGUUUCUAAUCUUUUAAGGUGUUUUUUGGUAAUAAAUCUAAAACUGUUCUAAACACGAGUCAGAUAAUGGCUUUGACGUGCCUGUCAAAUGUAUCUUAAAACAAAAAUCCUGUAAGAUAUUGUUCGCUAAACUGGAAAUUGAGGAGAAUUAAUCACAGAUUUGGGAAUUCUAGGCUGAAAUAGACAAGUUAGGAAAAUUCUCAAUUUCAGCAAUUUUCUAAAUAUGCCUUUUUGGGCAAAAGUUUGCAACUCCUUUGUCUGUUGGCUAACAUUCUCUAAGAUAUCCAGUUCAGUGAAUAGCGUCCUGCUGUAGAGGACUUUUCGUUGCCUUGAUGGCCGGUCUGUUGUAAGAUAGAAGGGGCACUUUUUAAAAUGAAGAAUUGGUCAUCGCCAUUAAGUCCCUUGUGUUGUGAUUUAGGUUGUUGUCCCUGCAUGUCGCGUCUCCACAGAAUCUCUUGCUCCUCUUGGUGUACAAGUUGGAGGAACCAUCCAAAGUGUCUGUGGCGCUGGAACUGGGAACGCAGGACGUGGCUUCCUGCCAGGUGGAGAGUAUCACAGGAGUGAGUGGUGAGACAAGUAUUAUUUUAUAUCAGGUUUAGGCUCUCUGCCUGCCGGUAGCUGAGGAUUAUGGGGGUUGUAGUGCACAAACAGGAGGUUGCUUUAUCAGAGAGUAAAUAGUAGAAAUUGUUUAAAUAUACAGCAUAUAUAUAUACAGCAUAUUUCCUUCUGGUGCCACAUCCACACUGUGUGUAAGGUAGUGGAAGGGAGAGGAAGAGAUCUGGUCUGGAAGAAUAAUUUAAAGUUUGGUGGGGGUAAUGCCACUGUGCUUCUGGCUUCCAAUGUCUAAAUCAAUCUGUUUAUGUUAUGUAAUGUACUACAUCUGGUGAGUCUGACAGUAUCCCUCCCAGCUCCACUGACCAUGUUCUCACUGUGUCCCGCAGAGCAGGUGGAGGCACGCAAACUGCAGACGCUCUCUGAUCCUCCCAGUCAAUUUUCAGACAUCCAGAAAGACAACAGACAUGGCUGGGUGCAAAGGUGGGUGUUUGAAAACCAAUGACAGGCCUUCAACUGAGGAUUUAAUGUGCUUAAAUCAAAUCCUGAAUAUCAUACCCUAGAGGGAGUAUGAUCUUUAUUCAAGCCAAGUAUCUCUUGACCUAAACUUUCAAAUUGGGCCCAUGGAAUCAACCAGCAUGUUCCCGUACCCCUAGACAUUAAAGGAUCACUAUAGGGUCAGGAACACAAACAUGUAUUCCUGACCCUAUAGUGUUAAAACCACCAUAUAGCCCCUCUGGGCCCCUCAUGCCUCUGUAAAUAUAGCAAAAUCUUACUGUAUUCAAGCCUGAAGCUGCUGGCUCUGCCCUGUCUGCCUCAGAAAAAACAAGCAGCUUGCUGACAUCAUCAGAAGUGGUAGCCUGAUCCAAUCACAAUGCUUCCCAUAGGAUUGGCUGAGACUGACAAAGAGGCAGAUCAGGGGCAGAGCCAGCAUGAUUCAAACACAGCCCUGGCCAAUCAGUAUCUCCUCAUAGAGAUGAACUGAAUCAAUGUAUCUAUAUGAGGAAAGUUCAGUGUCUGCAUGCAGAGGGAGGAGACACAGAAUGUUUGGAUGCAUUUUAGGCAGCCAUGACCCAGGAAGGAUCUCUAACAGCCAUAUGAGGAGUGGCCAGUGAAGUUAUCACUAGGCUGUAAUGUAAACACUGCAUUUUCUCUGAAAAGACAGUGUUUACAGCAAAAAGCCUGAAGGUAAUGAUUCUACUCACCAGAACAAAUUCAAUAAGCUGUAGUUGUUCUGGUGACUAUAGUGUCCCUUUAAUUCAUCUGUACUCUCUCUAGUGCAUUGAACUAUUCACAUAUGUAUGUACAUUCUCUAGUACAUAUAACUCUUUAUAUAUUUGUAUAUUUUCUAGUGCAUAAAACCAUUACUCUAUCUGGCUUAUUAUGUGGAACUUUUCUUAUCGCUGUACUCUCUCUAGCUCACGUUGUGUAUCCUAGAAUUUGUGUAACUUUUGCAAAGAAGUGGCAAUAAAGGAAGGGGCUGUUGGUAAUUAAAAUAGUGAUUUAAUAUAGCUAUUUUUUAUUCUAGAGAAAUUAGUAAUUUUUUUUUCUGUUCUGUGAAAUAAAAUCUGGUGUAACAUAGUGGCAUGUGAGGGCAGGAUAUUCCUCGGAGGAUAAUUACAGGUUUAGUAUAAAAUAUGUGUCUGGUUCCUGAUCCUCUCAAGGUAUACUAGGCUCUAGACUCGCUGUCUGUGAUUGCCUGUAAAUGGUGUCCAUUUAGUCUGAGUUUGUAAUCACAGACCAUGAAUAUCCACGGCUGACAAUUUAUCUCUUGGCAGGUACUAUGAAGUGGAGCUCAAUGACUGCUUCUUGACCAGUUUGUCCAUCCACCUAUCCCACCUGACGGACAGUCGGCAGGAUGAAUUCUUCACGUGUCGCAUCGGAGAGAUCAGGGUAUCUUGCUUUAUUCUGUGUGUGGUCCCCUCACACUUCCAUUGUUCGUACUUCAUUUUUAACCUAGGUUGGCAAGCUUGCAUCUAUUUAAUUCUUGCUGAACUUUAGUCUCCAUGAUAUGUAUGUGAAAGAUAAAUAUAAAAUUAAUAUGGCUCAUCAAAAGCUGAAUAAGCUUGAGAUUCUGUGCCUGUCUGACAUCGUCCAACCACCUGUAUCAUAAAUGAUUGCUGAUUCACCUUCUUGUAUCACUGAUCUGUCCAAUUCCCGUCCUACAGAUCUUGGAUGUGUCCGAACCUCCAUCUCUGCCUGCACAGCCAUCAGAUCUCUCAAUCUCCAACCUCCGUUGGCGCAGGAAUCCAGAGACAGAUCAGCUGUUGGUCAGCCUUACACUGCGCUGGGCGCAUCCCAAGGGCAGCGCGCGUCACUUUCGCAUUUACUGCAGAGGAGUCACCUGCCUUCUUUCAUCCACCUCUGAUGCUCAUCUUCUAGGUCUGGCGCAUGCUUGCGUCUAUCGGGUGGUGGACCUGGCAGUACCCAAUGCCUGCCCUCCUAUUUCAGGUCGGCUGGAAUUCGCUGUCCAGCCAGUUAGUAAAGACGGACUUGAAACAUUACCACUGGAAUGGGGGCAUCUGGCGCUAGAAUACGCGGAGCAGACACACACAGAGGUUUGAUGAUGGUGGAGGUUCUCAGCCACAAACAUUGACAAAGAGAUUGGCUAAUUAACAUAUCCUCAACACAAAACCAAAUUUUUGACCAAUGAAGCCAUUCUUUUCACUAACAGCCAAGAUUCUACAGGUAACAGGAUGACAAACAUCCACGCAUUUCAUAUAGUCCCUUUUCUCCUACCUUGGCAUUUCCUCCACCUAAAGAAUCUUCCUUGGGACUACAAGCACAGCAGUUUUAGGCAGUGACAAUCAAACCUCAUCUAUGCACACAUCCAUCCUAAAAUGGUCGGCCUUGGAAAUUUCAUGUCCUUAUCGUAUUCUUUCCAUAAAACUGAUUGAAAAAACUGUCCCUGUUCAAUUCACAGCUUAUUAUGGCCGACGUAUGGAAAGGUUUUGAAGGAGCUAUAACUCACAAUGACCAUCUCUUGAACUUUGACCAGGAGCAUCUGUUAUUGAUGAGUCCCCAGCAGAUAGUUGGGUUGCUUUUUUGAAAUAUUGUUCCAAACUCCAGGACAGAAUCCUUCCGUGAUCCAUGUAUCAGUAACUUCUGGUUGCGAUCUUCUCCCUUCUUCCUGGAAGGCAAUUAGUAUUUAAAAAAAAAAUAAAAAAUAAAAAGAAGCCAUAGGGCAUUGGCUGCCCAGGAUGCCUCUCUGGAGUCUCAGGUCUAUCUCCUGUUUUCUCUACUUAUGGGAAAUUUGGGAAAGGGGUGGAUAAAGGUUCAUGGUAAAAGAUUAGUUUUUGGGGGGCUAAAGAUCAGAAAUAGAAGAUGGUUCGGGUAUUAUACACACAUUGAAGGGUAUACAUAACUAAAACGUGCAUAUUUAUUACAAAGAGAAAUGCAAGAACAUGAUAUAAAUUGUCAGCUUUCCUUAGUGAAUUGCACAUGGGAAAAACAUAUUUGGACAGAACUUAAUAAAACACGUUAAUAUUGUGUUUUAGAAGACUUGGCCUUGGAGGGUGUCAUGGCGUCCAUAAGGCACCUCUAGUGCCGUGUCAUAGGCACCAAAAAAAAGAAAAACUACAGUCUUGGUAGACACGGGAUUACUUGGGGCAGGAAGGUUGGGGGAGGUAAUAUGUUAAUAGUUACUCUCAGUCAGAUACCCCACUUAGGAGAGAGUUUUAAACUUCCAAUGUAUGACUGAGCAAGAUAAGACAUUUCUACACACAGCUUCAGAUAGCUGCCAACAAAAGAUGUAUUCUGUGUAAUAAAUCAGUAGAUGAGACAGAGGUCGGGGCACAGUUAAACACCUGCCUGAUGGGCCUGUUCUCAUAAUUAAUCCUUUAUAUACACCUAUCUGACAUUACCCAGAGCGCAGUAUUGCUCCCAAUCCCUAUGUUUUUCCCUCUUCUAAAUUACUCUUUAGAAUUCGACCAAAUCUCAGCCUUUGUGACUCCUUCACCAUGUGAACUACACUAAUUCAGGGCAACAGUCACAUCUGUGAAAUUCUGUAUAAGUUAACGCACGUAGAGGCAAAACAUUUUUUAUAUUAGUGACUUCUGGGUAUGUGUGCAGUACUGAUUGGCAGAGUAUGUGUUUAAUAUAUAUUCUAUAUAAUUAUCCAUUAACUAAGGUAUCCUCUGUGUGAAGUUAUGUCUCAAUAUUCACCACAAUCCCUUAAAGCUAGUGGACAGGAUUCUGAAUAUUUUGGGGUAUCGAGCGAUGUUUGUUUCUGUAUUAUAAUUGUAUGUGUCUUCAUGCUGCUAGUAUUUGUGGAUUUGGGCUCCACUGCAGCAAUUUGAAAUAUAUGUGAACUGCCAGAUUUAGAAAAUGAACUUUAGGCUCUCGGCCAUGACCUUCGUCACAUGGGUGGAAUUGUGCUUCACUCCUGAAUCCUGACUCCCUCAGUCGAUGGAUCUACUUGGGGAAGGUUUUUUUUCUUCACCAGGACAUUAAGGACAUAGAUUCCUGAAGUGAUCAAAAUCAAUCCAUGAUCAAUCCCUCCUAUCCUUGGUAAGACUCUGUUUUACAGAUGAUCGUAAUAAAAUCAUCAAAUGGAUUGCUAGGGAAUAUUACAUUAGCAACGUUGGGAACUCCAUAAAAUGAUUAAAAACAUGUAGAAGAACACAUUUUCUUUAUACUUUAUAUAAUUUUAGGAAUGGUUUUAAAGAGACUGGCUAUUAAAGUGUGUAUUACUUGGGACAAGUAGGACCACACAUAGUAGCAAAAGUUUUUGUCUUUUUUUGUUGUCAUUUUAAAGAUGCUUACAGACUGACUUCAUGAUCAUCCAAUGAAAAUGUUUACAGACGCCUCAUCGUGUGAAGAUUAUUCUGUUUUGCUACGUGUGUAUCACUGAAAGAAUAAAAUGUAACAAUGAUAUAAAUGAUGUUCUGUAAUCUGUAAGCAUGGCUUGGAAAAGAAAUCAGGAAUUGUGUAUCAUUCAUUUAUACGUCAGCCAUUUCCACCGCACUAGACACAAUGGGUAAAUAUAGUCAUUUAUACAGUGUUUUACUUGCAGUCUAACACAAAGCUCUUUACUGUUGUACCAGCAGAAGUCAUCUCAAUGAAAUGAUCUCGGUGCAGUGGUCCCGUUAACCCCAUAAUAUAAAACAAUGCCUGUCAAGGCAAGGGGCAUAAUUCAUUAUUGCACUAUGGAAUGUUGUCCUUUAAUUUAAGUUGUGUAGUGCAUUAGUGAUCUUCCUGCCUGGUAGGGAUGGAUUGUCAAUGUCAAAAGGGGUUAAUUUGAUUGUAUGGAAGGUCAGAAGUUUUUUUUUUUUUUGCCUUAAUUCUCAUUGAAGCUGGGACCCGCCCUCCCCCCACAGAGGUCAGAUGAUAGAAGUGGUAAUGGAAAUUGCAUAGGAAUGUGAAAAGGGUUUUACCAUAUGGAUGGAGCCUGUGAAUUAAUCAAGGCUUUGUAAGGUGUGACACAUAAGUAGCCUGAAUGUCUCUUCAGCCAUAUGGCCUGUACUUCUGAAUUGAUGGGUCAAUCUCUUUGAUAGAUUAAUGGCCACUAGCCUUGUUCCAGUAUCAUAUCCAAAAGGAAAUUAACAUUAAUAUUUACCCACAGAAUAAUAAUUAAGCCUCAUUUUUGUUAUAUUUGGAAUGUGACAAUCGCCAUAUUCUAAAUAAGCCCAAACAUGAGUGGCAUAACUUAACCAUAGGUUAAGGAAUUGUGAUGUCUGCCAUAUUGGGUCGCAAGUCAGGGGUGUGACAUAUGUAUAGAAUGGGAAAAUAAUAAAUUCGUAGAUGCAAUUAUUAUUUAUGUGGCGGGUACAUAAGAGAAGAUAAAACAAAAUGUUUCCAUUUGGAUUGAUGUUGGUGUGGAACACAAGGGGGUGGUCACUCAUUAUCUCUAUAGAUACGCUUUAACUACACUUCUAGACCAGCUGUGGUAAUCCACAGGGUGUAUAUUCAAUGGUACUGAAAUGUCUGUGUACUUGCUUGGGGCCAAAAUCUAAUUCUGAGUGAGUCACCAUCUUCCUUACCAGAGACCCCCUGGGCAAAGGUUUUACUUUGAAAACCUAAUUGAGUAACUGUUUAGGACUUGUGUUAUUUUAUCUAUUUUGUUUUUAUCUGUUGU